AUUCACUUAAACAAAGCACUCUCAUUAUUUAUCCUAUAUGAAUGUGUUUUAUUAUAUGGCUCUUAAAGUCACACUGGUUAAAGUGUUUCACUAAUUUCCCGUCCAUGGUCACAUAAUUAUGGGACACCUAUCUUUUUACAGGGUAAUCUUCUUAAAGGCACAGUUUGGCCACUUUCACUUAUAAGUUACACUAAUAAAAUACACCUCCAGGCAAUGUUAUCUAACGCUGCUGGGACUCUAUUGCACUUUCCCUAAUGUACUACUCUUCUACGCAACUAGUCGUCCACUCAUAAGUUAAGCCCUUACGGUCCUUUUUCACCAGGCUCAUUACAGACCAUUAGCACGAUUUUGAAAACCUCUGUUCCUUAAAAUUACUUAUAUACUGGUUCCUUACACUUAGACUGCAUAUGUUUUUACUACUUUCCUCCAAACAAUCUUCAAGGUAAGUGGUAUCCCAGUUUCCUGUAUUACUGUAUCAGGUAAGAAGGAUUACCAAUUCUUUUUUUCCCUCGAGGCCUCAUUCAGCCUCCCCACCUCCCAAAGUGGGUUCUAAACGUCAAACGGGCCAGAUCUGAGAUUCCUGACGGCGUUUAAAACAUCAAUCACACAAAUCUACGCCACCUUGCUACUACUUAUUUAACGUUUCAUUUCUUGUCUAUUGUUUCUACAAUUAUUCUCUCAGACCUGUGUAAUUUCUGCAGUUUUGCCAAGUUACAAUGCAUCAACCACCAACAAGACUACCUGGUUCCCUGCAUUUAAGUCACAGGUAUUGUUAAGUCUUACUCACUACGAUUACGUUCUCCUUAAGGCCUCACUUCGCCUUCAUAUCAUGUAAAUUCCCCAAUCAGCGGAUCCCAGGGGGCUUGUCUCUACUUACGGACCAAUGUUCAGGUCCCUCAUCGUACACUUGUUCUUAUGUUACAGUUUCACGACUACACUAUACCUAUACGUUUGACAUUUUUUACACUUGGCAUACCAGUGGCAUGCCGCAGGCCCUCUAGCAUCUUUAUUACCAGUAGGAUAUCUUCACCGGACCCGUUCCCUGCAGAAGCAAGAAUAUAUCGAAAUCCUCCUGCGCAUUGACCAAAGAUAGGACAAUACUCAAGGUUAAGUAUAUACAUACGUUCCAUUACACCAUUCAAGGAGACAAGCCCCAUCAGGCUAGUGAACUGGCAUUGAGGGUUAGGCGCUGGACUAAGUAAUCCUACAGUCCCGCAAGGUCUACACCCCCACCUCAUACACGGAGGUUCAGCCCCAUGACCAAAUCCUAGUUAGCUACCUCGCUCGCCCUUCUUUAGGGCUACAGUUAGGGCUUCCUAAGUCGCGGCCACACGUUUUUUAAUCUUACGGUCACCAAGAGGCCAACACCCUGCCACCACAUUGAAGUGGCCACAAAAUUCCCUUGGCCCAAAUCAUAGGUAGAGCCUCUCUCUGCCACUUGGCACUAGCAGGGCCUCACCUGUCACUUGGUUCUAGGUAAAUUCUUUGCCUCGGCACUAGCUAGCAGGCCAGUUCUCUUAGGGUCUCAUCCACACUUCUAAGACACAUUACUUAUCCAAAUCAUUAUUCCUUUUUCAGAAUGUGACAAGAAUCCAUCCCAAUAUUUGGUCUGCUGUUGGACGAAAUGCCCAGCACGCCAGUCAGGCCUUGGUCUCCAAAGGAAUCCCUCACACCUUCUACCCUCAUUUACCUGGGAUUCUGGACCAUUCCUAAAAUAUAAGCAGAGCUCAGACUCAGGGGUAUCCCCUCUCCAGCCACUGCCAGUAAGGCAGAACUACACAGGCUCACGACUGCUCAGGCCAACGUCCCCAGGCCCGGCUCUAGUUCGCAAGGACUGCCAGCUUACCCCUCAGAUUCCACUCGGGAAACCCUGGUCGUUAUCCUGGCCAGCCUCCAAAUGAUCAACAGGCUGGUAAGUGGAAGCGGUUAUAGCCACACCAGGUGUCUCAUUAAGCCCGGCAGGCCCUCCCCAUGCGAUCUCGGCCAUACAGUCUGGCUUACGCCUCAUUUCCCCUCCCCGUCCCCCACCAACCACUAUCACUACUCCAUACGUCUCACCGGCCAACUCUGUUCCAAUUUCCAUGGAGAAGGAAAUUCCCGAUGGAAAGGACGUUAAACUAACAUCACUACUUAACUUCCCAAGACACCCUACGGUACAAAGGUUAUAUUCAUGGUGACAUUUCAGUAGUCCUAAAGAGUAAGACCCACGACUUAACAAAGCUUUUAAUUCCUCAGUUUGUCAUUGUCUCUCGCAUAGAGACAGCCACUUCCACUUCUCACCACUCCUUCACCCCACGCUCUAGACAGGGAGGCAGGCAGAGGGACAAGCUGGGCUGACCAUUUCAUUUCUGGGUAAGGCUCGGGUGCACUAUCACUUUAAUCGUGAGGCAUGCUAUUUCACUACAUGAAGGGUAUCGCACUUCUGCUCCAGAGCCCACACCUAGUCCACAUAUACAGCCCGUCUGUCACCUAAGAUACGCCUAACUAAGGUUAACAUUGUUAUCCUGGUAUACUAUCUGCAUUUACACCCAGCAUUGUUAUUCUGGUGCCGGGUUUCUCACAGGGGUUUCACACGGGCCUUAUCGCCAUUCCCACAGGUACACUCGUAUGCCCUAACCUAUUAUCUGCAUCCAUUGACCCACUUACGGUGGGCCACAUUCUGUCCACGGCAAUCAUAUGUUGGUUCACGAUCGCCUCUUUCUGGUCUUCACACUUAUCAUCUUGGCAUACCAAUCCCAUCGAGGUAUAAUACAAUACCCUAUAAUACAUCUGAUCAUAGCCCUCUUCCGCACCGCACUCUACAUCCAUUCCCAGCAUCAACUCCCUCAUUCCCGCUAAGGAGUUCUCACCGCACUACGCAAAUCGAUGAUGCCAUGCAAGCUAUCACUUCAGCAGGUAGUAAGGCUCGGUUGAGCAAGACAGACUUAUCCAACGCCUUUAAUCUACUACCUAUUCACCUUUCACUAUGGCACCUGGCCUAUGUUGGGCUCUCGGAGCAGCCCUAAGUAUUCAGCAUCUUCGCACAAACCCUCUGCUGGCCACUCCUAAAAUCAUUCAGGUGUCCAUUAGUGAUCCACUAUCUGGAUGAGUUGUUUUUUUUUUUUUGUUGUUUUUUUUGUUGUUGUUUUAACAGGUUCACAAACACCUAACACCUCCUUUUCACGAUACUUGGGGUCCCUCUGUCACUAGGCUAUCAUUCCGCAAAGUAGGUCUCUUGUCCCUGGGCUACUUAAUUUGCUCCACGAGGUGCCAACUCCUGCCCAACCAUUCGGGACGAUCCAGCCAGGGCAGUUUUACACACUUAGUGUAGUUUUUGGCCAUGGAUCGGGAUCUCUUCGUUCAUUCCCCCCACUUUCAGAACACUCACGUUCAAUUCACACUGAUCCUUGUCUGCAGUUAGCACUGUCCUUUUGGGUACAAACAUGCAGUCUUUAAAAGUAACUUAAUUCGAGGCACUUUAUUGUUGAGCUUCACCACAGAGACAGCGGCAAAUGGGGAAAAAAAAAUAAUGUAACACAAAAACCUAGCUUGUCUGAGCACUAACUAACAUCAGAUUCCCUAUCUCUCCGGGGUUAAACUAUAACAAAACACUAUUGAUUUCACCAACUUUGUGUCUUUGUCAGCUCUCUGCACUCCAGUGCUUAGUCAGCCUGCUGCUUCCAGCCUUCCGCAGAGAAACCUUCUCUCCUACCUGAUUUAGCAGGGAGGGGUUUAUUCCCACUGCUGCAGCUGAUUAUCUGCAGCUGAGCAGUGGGUUGGAGACAGUCCAAACCCUGGUCUGGACCUAGUCUCCCAGGAACAAAACGAUAAACAGCGGAGUGGAGCACUGGCCCACCCUGCUCUCCAAAUGCUCCACCCCAGGGACCCAUAACUAAAUAUUCAUUUAAGUUCUAUACACACACACACACACACUCCCCCUGGGGUUAAAAAUCAAAUGCCUCUCUGAACAAUUCUGUCGAAAUAUAAACUCCCUCACAACAGACGCAGCAGCACAUACAAGGUUCGCAGCCAUUUUCAGCAACCACUUGUUAGUGCCGGCCUUUAGAGAGACUUCUUCUACUUUGUCAGAGAUCUACCACAUCGUGGCGGCCACCCUCACAUGGGGUCAUCUUUGGACCGGCAAGGCAGUUAAAUGCUGCUCUGACAACUCCGCAGCCUGCGACAUCAUUAACAAGGGCGGUCAUCGUCGCUAACCAUUUUGUGGCUGAUUCACAGGCGGACUUGGCCUCUCAGUUCUUUCUAGUCUGCUUUUACACUCCUGGUGUCCACAACACAGCCACUGACUCUCUUUCACGCUCAAUUUAAGGUCUUCUUUCAGGCACUCCCUACGACCCACUACCUACCAUCCAGGAUACCACCAUUCCAUGAGCUUAUCUUGGACGAAGCACACAAUUAUACCUCGUACAGGUACGCACGCUUCACGCAGUUUCACGUCUACUCUAUCACGCACGCCAGGGCUUUGUAUAUUGUACCGUGUCACAAGUAGAUUUUGCUUGAUUCACGACUUUUUGCAGUUAAACUGUUAAUUUUUGCCUCUUCCUCUAAUCCUACAAUUCAAGCAUCUUACUUAUACCUCCUAUGCUGUUACUCCACUUUUAAGUCUCCAAGGUCAUUACUUCACGUCUAAACCUUCCAUUAAGGUGAGCUACAUCAUGGCUUCCUUUGCUGGUCUCUUUUUCGCAAAAGCGCUGCAUCAGCAGCUUCAAGCUCUUACACCCCAGUCUACAUCACUAAGUAAUGGGGCCACAGGUAAUCCUCAGCUCAAUUACACAUAUACCUCAAUCAGAGUAAAAGCUCCUUGCAAGCUUUCAGUACCCACUCUGUAUAAACUUGCAAUAAAGUGUGUUUUCUUUGAAUCCUCUUUUGCCCUCUUUUUUUUUUUUUUUUUUUUUAUUACAGGCCUAUUUGUACUUUGGUUUCGGCACACCCCAUAGCACAAAUUGGAAGGCCAUUUGGGAUGAAUUUGUGGGAGGAGUAAUGAUCCUAUUUAAACCGUACCCCCCCACUUACCUUUGUCAUGCAAGCUGUUUGUACCCUCCCACCUACACCCUUCUAUAUUAACAAUUCACCUUUGUGGGCCCUCUUUUAUUACAGGCCUACUCGUACGUUGGUUUCGGCACACCUCUACCAACUUUGCUUCUCCUUCUACACUCCAUUAAGUAUUCGAAAAGUGUGUGUGUGUGCGUGUGUGUGUAUAUAUGUAUGUAGAUAGGUGAGUGCGCUGGAUCUUGUGUAUUGUAUUAUUUGGCCCCCAGCAGCACCCCCAUUUAUGCAUGUUAAGGUGAGUGCAGCCAACCCCCUCUUAUUUUAUAUAUAUAUAUAUGUACACACACACACCUCAAAAAAAUAAAGAACACAUAAACAACACAAUGUAACUCCAAGUCAAUCACACUUCUGUGAAAUCAAACUGUCCACAUAGGAAGCAACACUGAGUAACAAUCCAUUUCACAUGCUGUUGUGCAAAUGGGAUAGACAACAGGUGGAAAUUAUAGGCAAUUAGCAAGACACCCCCAAUAAAGGAGUGGUACUGCAGUUGGUGACCACAGACCACUUUUCAGUUCCUAUGCUUCCUGGCUGAUGUUUUGGUCACUUUUUAAUGCUGGCGGUGCUUUCACUCUAGUGGUAGCAUGAGGCGGAGUCUACAACCCACACAAAUGGCUCAGAUAGUGCAGCUCAUCCAGGAUGGCACAUCAAUGCGAGCUGUGGCAAGAAGGUUUGCUGUGUCUGUCAGCGUAGUGUCGAGAGCAUGGAGGCGCUACCAGGAGACAGGCCAGUACAUCAGGAGACGUGGAGGAGGCCGUAGGAGGGCAACAACCCAGUAGUAGGACCGCUACCUCCGCCUUUGUGCAAGGAGGAACAGGAGAAGCACUGCCAGAGCCCUGCAAAAUGACCUCCAGCAGGCCACAAAUGUGCAUGUGUCUGCUCAAACGGUCAGAAACCGACUCCAUGAGGGUGGUGUGAGGGCCGGAUGUCCACAGGUGGGGGUUGUGCUUACAGCCCAACACCGUGCAGGACGUCUGGCAUUUGCCAGAGAACACCAAGAUUGGCAAAUUCACCACUGGCGCCCUGUGCUAUUCACAGAUGAAAGCAGGUUCACACUGAGCACAUGUGACAGACAUGACAGAGUCUGGAGACGCCGUGGAGAACAUUCUGCUGCCUGCAACAUCCUCCAGCAUGACCAGUUUUGCAGUGGGUCAGUAAUGGUGUGGCGUGGCAUUUUUUUGGGGGGGCCGCACAGCCCUCCAUGUGCUCGCCAGAGGUAGCCUGACUGCCAUUAGGUACCGAGAUGAGAUCCUCAGACCCCUUGUGAGACCAUAUGCUGGUGCGGUUGGCCCUGGGUUCCUCCUAAUGCUAGACAUCAUGUGGCUGGAGUGUGUCAGCAGUUCCUGCAAGACGAAGGCAUUGAUACUUUGGACUGGCCAGCCCGUUCCCCAGACCUGAAUCCAAUUGGGCACAUCUGGGAUAUCAUGUCUCGCUCCAUCCACCACCGUCACAUUACACCACAGACUGUCCAAGAGUUGGCAGAUGCUUUAGUCCAGGUCUGGGAGGAGAUCCCUCAGGAGACCAUCCGCCACCUCAUCAGGAGCAUGCACAGGCAUUGUAGGGAGGUCAUACAGGCACGUGGAGGCCACACACACUACUGAGCCUCAUUUUGACCUGUUUUAAGGACAUUACAUCAAAGUUGGAUCAGCCUGUAGUGUGUUUUUCCACUUUAAUUUUGAAUGUGACUCCAAAUCCAGACCUCCAUGGGUUGAAAAAUUUGAUUUCCAUUUUUUUAUUUUUGUGUGAUUUUGUUGUCAGCACAUUCAACUAUGUAAAGCACAAAGUAUUUCAGAAGAAUAUUUAAUUCAUUCAGAUCUAGGAUGUUAUUUUUGUGUUCCCUUUAUUUUAAUUUUUUUGGAGGGGUGUGUGUGUGUGUGUGUGUGUGUAUAUAUAUAAUGUACUUGCCUGGAGUUGUGGGAGGGGCUUGUUGAUCUUACUUAAGCACUUCCCCCUCUACCUGCAUCACCGAGGAUUCUGCCUUUUGUCAGGCGAUCACUUCCGGUUUGCUACUUCCGGGUCACGAUCCUGUUACUUCCGGUGCACGGUCCACAGUCAGCAGCUAGCCCCUGUGUUGCCACUUGCUCGGGUGCUUGGUUAACUGGAAGUUAAACGGUUAUUUCCAGUCCCUCCACCCCAUAUCCACAUGCUCAAAAGGGGUAUGGGGAGGGGGGGGGGGGGGGGAAUUCGUUACACAUAAACGCACGCAAGUUUUAACAGACCAACACUGUCUCCUUGUUUGCCGGCUCAUUUGUCUACUUCUUCCACGUGGGAGAAGCGGCGUUACUGUUGCAAGCUGUCUACACGCUACAAAUCACUCCUAUGCUUUUGUUUGCAUAUACUAGAGACCACCCACGGUCUCCUCAUUAAAGGCACAAUAGCGUUUUUCCCUCUCACAUAUAGGAGAAGCUAUUUUCACUCCAUACAUUUCCUAAAUGUUACUCUCUUGCAUAUUUUAAACUUAGAGGAGGCUCAAAUGCAAAUCACAAUCUUAUAUGGAGGGUUGUUACAUUGGAAGGCAACAUAUGACAUACAAGUUUCAAACACUAUACUUUUUUUUUCUACAUUGUGGUUAUGGUUGUUGCGUAGGUAUAUGUAGUUCAUGUUGGCAGCAAGGGGAAGUUUUCAGAAGUAUAUGUGUAAUAUAUUGUAGUGGAGCUUCCUGUAUCCCGGUUAGGUACCUCCGCCGACGGGUGCUCACCAAGGACUCGAAGCACUCCACCAGACUCCAUCAGCACCGCAGUCCCCAUGUCCUGUGUUACAGCUUGGCUUAGGAACUUGCCGUCCUCUACCCACCCUGGACCUACAACAAGGCUCCAGGUUCCAGUGGGUGAACCUCUCCUCCUUCAGAGAGAGAGUAGCAUGAAUAGCUCUUAAAAGAGCUUAGUGAUUUAUAGCCAUGGCGAGUAUACAGAGUAUAGCAGUAUGUGGUUCAUUUGUUUUAUGGAGCAUUUCUAUGUUAUAUACAAGUCCUAGCCAUCUUAUGGCCGUUCGUAUAGUUUGCUGAAGGCACUAUCCUCAGUUAGAUGGUAGCAAUAUAUAUGUGUGUGUGUGUGUGUGUAUUAAAGCGACCUCCGGUGGUCAUGUUGAUUAUGGCAAGUAGGAAUAAAUUAUCUACCGAUCGGUUUCAUUGCACUUUUAUAUGCUAGAUUAGGUAUAUGUGUCAGUGACCGCCGGUGGUCAUGAUAAUGGUUAUGGCAAGUAGAAAUUAUCUACAGGCGGUUUCAUGGCAUUUUUAUAUGCUAGAUUAGGUACAUAGGUAAUAGCGACCUCCGAUGGUUGUGACCAGUUGUAAUUAAGUUUCUGCUUACAGGUUUCAUUUCACUGUUGCUAGUACAUCUAUAUCUAGAACCAUCUGGGGACAUACUGUAGGUACCUGUUUAUGCAGGGUUCAACUGUUCCAGCAUUAUGUGUAUGGAGCAAUAUUCGGUGUUUGGGCAAUUUGAAGCGAAUAAGUGAUUUAUAGACGUCUUAUAUUUCAGUCUCUACAGCAUCCACAGUGUGCUGCAACUCUGCCACCUUUUUACUUCAUCAGGUAUAGGUCAGUAAUUUGCAAUUAUUUAUCCACUUAUGGUCUCAUAAGGCCUGGGUACUUAUGUGUAAAUUUCUGCAUUACUAGGUUUAGGCCAUCCUUGCCGCUUAUUGAGUCUUGGAUUCCGGUCUCCUGCAUUUGGAUAAAUACCAGUAGGUAUCCUGUUAGUGGAGGGGAAUUAAGGGUACCAUCCUCGCCCCUGGGCAUUGGAGAAGACUGCCAGCCUCCUGCCAUGUGACUAUGGCCCCUGGGAUGUAUUGCCCUUUAAAGACAUUUGAUUUCUGGGGACAUACUGUGGAGUUACUGGGUGGCCACCAUUUCAUGUAUCAGAGGCACAUGAUGAGAACAAUGGAUGAAGCACAUGGUGAGAACAAUGGAUGGCCAUUUUAACUCAGACACUGUUUGGACUUUUCUACACGGUGCCAUCUCGCCGGUAUUUGGUGCACAAAGACAUUGUGCAGUAGUUUUAAACUAUACAACAGGGGACACAUUAUACAGUAAUUAUUUUUCAUAUAGCCUGUAUAUGUUCUGCGGAAUCUGCAUUAAACCGUAUCUUCCAAACUACUGAACGGAUCUGGGUGAAUUUUGGAUAUGUGGUUCACCCAGAUCCCCCGGUUCCGAGGAUAUACGUUUUUAUGGGGUUAUUGCAUGUUUGGGGGUCCCUGUGAUAUGUUUUAUAAUACUGUAUUUCUCUGCCUGUGAUAAUUAUAUUAACCAUUGUGUUCAGUAAUCAUAUCACAGGCAGAGGGGAGGAUUUUGUGUGGGAGUGUCUGUGUGUAUUCUACGGAUUGAUUGGUUGUAUUUCAAAACCCUGUGGACAGUACUGUGUUUGUAGAUUGUGAAUAAAAGAGGCUGUAUAUGCCAGUACAGUCAGUUCUACUUCACCCUGAAUUUGGAGUGCCUUCUCUUAUUGGGGGAAUCUUCUACAAGGGAUUGCUAUGCUCUGCAUACUCCCUUGCUAUAUUCACUGCUAAACUCUUGUAAGAGCUUGUUCCGGUUUUUGCUCUCUGAAGGAGUCUACAGUGGUUAUGGUGUCGGCUGGAGUGCUUGGAGCCCUCAGGAAGCGCUAGGCGCAUCCUUCAACGGAGGUACCCAGUCGGGGUGCCAGGUGAUCCGUUACACCUGCAAACUCACGAUUACUCUCAUAGGUUACUACAGAUCGCCUGUGUUACCUUAUCCUGCUACUUUGCAAUUACUCAGCAGGUACGUCCUUUUUCCUGUCUAUAAUUUCUCCCAACCUCCCUACCCCAUCGGGUUUCAUAGUAUAAUUACAUACUGGCUUAUAAGGAUAGGAGCCUCUAGGUAUAUUUUCUGGUCUUCUAUGCCUAUAUUAGUGGUCCCGCGAGGACAACACCCAUCCUCAUAUCGGAGGUACGACAUCCCCUCGGGCCAAUACAUAGUUAGCCGCCUUGCUUGGUUGCAUAGAGAGGGCCUCACUUGUCACUCCCAUUCUGUCUUAUGCUGUUACAAGUCACGGAGAGGCCAUCACCCCGCCAUAAUGCCAGUGGCCACGUGGCCCACUCGAGCCAAAUCAUAGGGCCUCUCAAAGCUGCUUGGCAACUAGCAGGGCAUCACCAGUCAUGUAACUACCUAAUAGUUUCGCCGCUUGGCAUUAGCUACAUCAACCAGUUGGGAAUUGUCCCAGGUAACCUUCUAUUUUUUUUUUUUUUUUUGUAGCAUGUCACAACUACCCGAAGGUGGGGAAGAACUGUCUAUCUCCAGUACACUGGCAAGAUUGGUCACACCAUCUUGUGGUGGCGACACUGCGAGCCCUUCAUCCCUCAGAUCAUGGACUAUCCCUAGGAUCACUGCUGCAUUAAGAAAGAGGAACAUUCCUUACCCAGCUAUGGCCAGGAAAGCCGAAUUAUAUAGACUUCUUAAUAUUCAGACUGAUAACACUGGGGUAAGAGAAGGGUCUAGUAGCAGUCAGACUUCUGAUCUGCAAGCGGUAUUGACAUCAGUCCUGACCUCCUUGGGUCGUAUUACCGACAAGUUUGAUAGGAUGGAUGCAGAUAGCCAGCGGAAUUCUCCCGAGGCUCUGGGGAAUCCUGACGCUGUGAUUCUCCCCGGCCCCCUACCUGGUAAUAUUCCUAGAGGUCCUAAAGACCCUCAUAUUAACCCGGCACACAUGGUGCCAGCUAACAUAAGGAAGGACAUCUUGGAAGGGAAGGAUGUCAAUCUGAUAUCACUUCUCACUGCCUCUCAAGAUGUCCUUGAAAACAAAACAUAUGCAUAUGGGGACGUGUCUGUUGUUAAAAUCCAGGGACCCUAGGCUGAAUCGCAAGCUAUCCAUACCUGAAUUUGUGUUGGCUUUUGGGAUCUACAGGGACGUGAUAUGCUCUGUAUAUCCCAAUAGGAUGGAAGAAUUGGAUCUCUACCUCCACAAGCUGGUGGAUUUGGGGCACAGUAUGGUGGCGAUUACCACCGUGCUUUCUCCGCAAAGGCGUUGACAGCUCUAUCCCAGUUUAAUUAUCAAGCUGAUUUGGAGUGUGCUAGAUACAGAGCUUUUUUGUCCACAUUUUGCGGGCCUAAAGACACCAGCUUGGUUUCAUUUUAUAUGCCUACGGGAGUCAUAGAAUGUAAAAACUUGCAGACAGCCCUGGCUGAUCCUGACACGAUUAACCUACUGCUCAAGAAAGAAAGUCCAAGGGUUCUUAAUAGGCCCUUUCGACUCUCCGCAGUAUGGAGAACUAACCCAUAGGACUGGUCACGGGUAAAUCCUCCAAUAAGCAAAAGUUGAUUAUUGACCUCUCUGCUCCCCAUGCAUCACCUACCAAGUCUUAACUCACUUAUUCCAUCAGAAGAAUUUUCACUCCAAUACGCAACCAUAGGUAAUGCUAUCAAUGCCAUUCUCUCAUUCUUCUCUGGGGUGAGAGCAUAGCUUAGCAAAACGGACAUAGUUAAUGCAUUCAAGCUACUCUGUAUCCACCCGUCCCUGUGUCGUUUACACGGUGUUAAGUGGCAAGGUACAUACAUUUUUUUUUUUUUUUCUCACGUUUGAGCGCAUCCUUUCAGCCAUUGACCAUUACCUAGCAGGGGGUUCUUGUAAUUGGAAGGAGUUGCAAUCCCUGUUGGGGUCACUUAAUUUUGCGACGAAAAUUAUACCACAAGGGCGAGCUUUCAUAUCCCGAUUACUUAUUUCCCCAAUUGCAAUCUGAGUCCUCCCGCAUUACGUUAGACGUACAUGCCACCGCUGACCUACGCAUGUGGAGGGAAUUCUUGCUGCACUGGAAUGGGAGAAUAAUUUUCGUUCCAGUUUUGAUCUCUAUUUCAGGAGUUCCAGGCGGCACUACCAACAGCUGCACUGAUACCGACCCCAGUACCGCGGUGGCAGGCGAUGGUUCUGGACUUCUCACAACUUGGUCUUUCUUCUAACACCAGGAAAGCAUAUGGCAGGGCUUUUCAUAUAUUUAAUAGAUUUUUGCUUGACGUCAACAUCAUAUACAAAUUUUCCAUGUAAAACAAUUAUUGCCACCUUCACCUAACACUUUCCUUCAACACCAUUAAAUUAUAUAUCACCGGUAUUUAACACCACAUCCUCACCACUGGGCCUAAUAAACAACGCUUACCAGGUGAAAGCCAAACUAAAAGGUAUCAAGGACUCCACACCUACACCCACGCAAUCCAGGUUACCCAUCCACGAUCUCCUGUUCCAGUCACUUUCAAACCUUUUUGAUACCUCACCAUUUGAAAACACAUACAAAUAAAGUCAUUAAAACUGCCAUCUAUUUAGCUUUUUACGGUUUUCUUCGGCCCAGAGAAUUUACCACUGCUAACUACAACACCCCCAACUUCAUCACACGAUCACUAUUUACUGUCUCUACAUCAUACAAAAACUGAUGUCAAGGGUCACUAUUACGUAUUACCCCACUAGUAAUAAAUGGUGCCCCGUGGAAGUCUUUGAUCAAUCCCUUUCUUCCUUUUCAACGGCACCACAUCAACCACUGCUGGCAUUACACGGUAAAACUCUUACUACUAGUAAGUUCAUGUUCUAUGUGAGAAUGUUAUUAAUACGGUUGGGCUUGAAUCCCGCCAAAUAUUCAGGUCACUCAUUCCGAAUAGGAGCGGCUACUACAGCAUCUAAGAGGAAAAUUCCUGCGCACAUCAUGAAAAUAUUAGGCUGGUGGAAGUCUAGUCUUACACCAGAUACAUACCGCAACCAGUACAGGAGGUACGCCUAGCAUUCAAGAGUAUGAUUGUGAUAAUCUUAUGGUGUAUUGUAGGCUGAAUAAACUGGUUACAUUUUUCUUUUUAUUUCAGGCCUACUGCAUUGUCAGUUCCGGCACACCACAACUGACUUUUCUCAUCCCCUGUUUGGUUUAUGUUACUAACUCUACGGCUUAAUGCCCUGAUCACAAAUGGAAGACAGGGUCUGAAGUUGUGGGAAGGGCUUGGUUCCCCUUCUUAAAGGGACGCUAUAGUCACCUGAACAACUUCAGCUUAAUGAGUUUGUUCAGGUGAGAAUUAUAGCUCCCUGUAGCCUUUCUCAUGUAAACACUGUAUUUUCUGAGAAAAUACAGUGUUUACAUUGAAAGCUAGGAACAUCUCCAGUUGCAGUCACUAAGAGUGAACCAGAGGGACUUCGGAGUUGAUGGAGGCAUACUAUGCCUCCAUCCACUCAGAUCUGCUGUCAGCAGAGCACAGGGCAGCACUGUGCACAGCAGUCUGUGAUUCAGUGUCUCCUCCCUCUGCAUGCAGACACUGAACUUUCCUCAGAGAUUCAUUGAUUCAAUUCAUCUGUAAGAGGAGAUGCUGAUUGGCCAGGGCUGUGUUUGAAUCAUGCUGGCUCUGCCCCUGAUCUGCCUCUUUGUCAGUCUCAGCCAAUCCUAUGGGGAAGCACUGUGAUGGAUCAGGCUACCACAUGUCAACAGACUGCUUGUUUUUCUGAGUCUAACAGCAUGCAUAUUUACAGCUUCAGGCUUGAAUACAGUAAGAUUUUUACUAUAUUUAUGAAGGCAUGAGGGGCCCAGGGGGACUAGAUGGUGGUGUUAACACUAUAGGGUCAGGAAUACAUGUUUGUGUUCCUGACCCUAUAGUGAUCCUUUAAAGGAACACUAUAGUCACCUAAAUUACUUUAGCUAAAUAUAGCAGUUUUAGUGUAUAGAUCAUUCCCCUGCAAUUUCACUUCUCAAUUCACUGUCAUUUAGGAGUUAAAUUGCUUUGUUUCUGUUUAUGCAGCCCUAGCCACACCUCCCCCGGCUAUGAUUGACAGGGCCUCCAUGAAAAAACGAAAACUGGUUUCACUUUCAAACAGAUGUAAUUUAAAUUAAAUAAUUGUAUUUCAAUCUCUAAAUUGAACUUUAAUCACAUACAGGAGGCUCUUGCAGGGUCUAGCAAGCUAUUAACAUAGCAGGGGAUAAGAAAAUCUUAAUUAAACAGAACUUGCAAUAAAAGCCUAAAUAGGGCUCUCUUUACAGGAAGUGUUUAUGGAAGGCUGUGCAAGUCACCUGCAGGGAGGUGUGACUAGGGUUCAUAAACAAAGGGAUUUAACUCCUAAAUGGCAGGAUUGAGCAGUGAGGCUGCAGGGGCAUGUUCUAUACACCAAAACUGCUUCAUUAAGCUAAAGUUGUUCAGGUGACUAUAGUGUCCCUUUAAGAAUCACCUGCCCUUCCCUCACUACAGUCUCAGGUCUGGAGACUUGUCCCACCCACCACUCCUCCUUUUAUAACAAUUUCAUAAGGUGUGCCCUCUUUUAUUUUAGGCCUACUGCAUCGUCCGUUCCGGCACACCACAACUGACUCUUCCUAUCCCCUGUUUGUUUUAUGGUACUAACUCUACGGCUUAAUGCCUGUGAUGAAGUGCCCUUCGCCACGUGUGCCUGGAGGGGACUACUGGCUAGCCUCCUGCCUUCCGACUAUGGCCCCUGUGCUGAUAGCUGUAUUUUACCCUGGAGAAAGGUUUAUUUGUGUAUUUCUACCGGGGCGUUCGGGACUUUCAGUAUGUGAGUAGUGCUACCCCAGAUAGCUAUGCCAUGGCGAUUGAACUGUAUGUAGGUGAUCUGAGCGCCAUUCGGUAAUAAUGUGCGCUCAGAUCUAAGCUAUCUGGGGAUAUGUUGCAUGUAUAUGUUUUAUGUAGUAAUUGUAACAUUGUGUAAUUUUAUGUCCUUUUGUAACCAUGUGGUUAAUGGAGUCUUGCCUCUGUCCUGGGAGAUAAUUUGAUUACUUCCCAAUUAUCUCCAGGAUAGAGAGGAGGGAUUGUGAUGUCACUGUGAGAGUGUUUUGUUUGUAUUGUCUGUGAUUGGCUAAUAUCCAAUAUGUGUCCCAUUGUUCAAUCAGGUCCCCUAGGGGAGUUUCCACCUGGUGGACACUUGCAUAAAUACCAGACAGGUAGCCCUCAAUAAACCAGACCUACUUGCACCUUUCUUGAAGCCUUGGCUCAUGCCUGGGGGAAGGGAUACCUACACUCUAGGGAUUGCUAUAAUCACUUACUCCCCAGAGUAAGCUCUUGUAAGAGCUUGAUUUGUUCCUGCUAUUCUCUCUGGAUUUAGGAGAGGUUCACCCACUUGGAGCUGGAUCCUGGUCGUGGAUCCAGGGUGGGUGAGAGACGGCGAGACCUCGGCGCAGCUGCAUCGCUGGAAGUGGGGUCCGCAGUGCUGAUGGUGUCUGUUGGAGUGCUCGGAGUCCUCGGCAAGCGCUAGGAGAAUCGAUUGGCGGAGGUACUCAGUCGGAGUGCCAGCGGUCCGUCACAAUGCCCUGAUUACAAGUGUGUGUGUGUGUGUGUAUAUAUUUUUUAACCUUUUUCUGCCCUGCUCCUGGCAACAAGCCAUAGUUUGCAGCAGUUACACCUUAUUCUGUCGCUGACAGGGAUUCUGAGCCUCCGUUAUGGUUGGGAGAUUGGGACAUCUUGUUCUGAUACAGUGCCUCCACUCACUGCAACUUCUAUUUAUGGGGAACUCAUCCCACUGAAUAGAUGAGUACCCUUCACUUAAUAAUACCUCAGAGACCUGAAUUAAAUACAGACAUGGGAAUACAGACCGUAUUGUGGUUAAUGUUAAAUGAUGAUAAAGUCCCUAAUGUAGGAAUGAUGCAGUCCUAAGAGUCUUUAGCAGCAGGAAUGCAGACAACAAACUUCCGUUAAUAACGUCAAUAACUACAGUUAAACUCAUAGGUACCUGCAGGUAAAUUAUGUGCACAACGUUGUUUACCCAACGCGCUACCCAGAUACAGUUAUAACAGAGAAUCCUGAAGCAAUCUCUGGCGACAUUACCUUUGAAUGACUUCUGUAACUGCAGAUAUCUCCAGAAAGAUCCAGCAGAAUGUAGGACAGCAGCAAAACGGCAAUGGCAGUCCUUUCUCUUCCUUCUGCUGACAGAAUGCCUAAAGCUCCUUCACAAUACUGCAGAAAGUUCCAGAAUCUGCAGGGAGCUGAACAUUAAAGGACCACUAUAGUGCCAGGAAAACAUACUAGUUUUCCUGGCACUAUAGUGCCCUGAGGGUGCUCCCACCCUCAGGGACCCCCUCCCGCUGGGCUCUGGGGAGAGGAAGGGGUUAAACUUACCUCUUUCUCCAGCGGGGAGCUCUCCUCCUCUUCGGCUGCGUGCGCGGCAGGAGCUGCGCGCGCAUUCAGCCAGUCUCAUAGGAAAGCAUGGAUGCUUGCGUCUUCUCACUGUGAUUUUUUUUUUUCCACAGUGAGAAGCACGCAAAAGCUUCUAGCGGCUGUCAAUGAGACAGCCACUAGAGGCUGGAUUAACCUAUUUAUAAAACCGUUUAUAAAAAAUAGGGUUAACCCUAGCUGGACCAGGCACCUAGACCACUUCAUUAAGCUGAAGUGGUCUGGGUGCCUAUAGUGGUCCUUUAAAGGGACACUAUAGUCACAGAGACCACUUCAGCUCAAUGAAGUGGUCUGGGUGCCAGGUCUCUCAGGUUUUAACCCUUCACAUGUAAACAAACCUGUUUUUCCUGACACUGUCAUCCUUGGGGGAUCAUCACCCUCAAAGUCCCCCUCCCGUGGCACUGAAGGGGUUAUAAUACCCCUUCAGCAGCUUACCUUUAUCCAGCGCCAGACACUAUAGCAUCCUGACAUUAUAGCAUCCUUAGGUCCCCCUCCCUUGGUGCUGAAGGGGUUAAAACCCCUUCAGUUACUUACCUUAAACCAGCACAGGGCUCCCUUUGCGCUGGUGACCUCUCCUCCCACUCCGACGUCAGCUCCCGAGUGGAGCGGAAUGCGCAUGCGCGGCAAGAGGCACGUGCGCCUCCAUUCAAACAGUCAAUAGGAAAGCAUUUUUUCAAUGCUUUCCUAUGGACGUUCUGCACGCUAAUUUUCUUUUACUAACUCUUCCUGACAUUACUGACUGUAUUACUAAACUAUUCAUAUAUUACUAAUUAAUUUACUUAUGUUAUUACUACCUUUUACUUCAGCUCUAUUUUUUUUUUUCUCUCCCUCCUUUUUUUUCUUUGCUCUAUAUCAAUUAUAAAUUAUGCCCAUUAUUUAUUAUUUCCAGUACUCUCUGACUUGAUGCCUUGAAGUUUAUUCUUUCUUUUGACAUUGACUGGAGACAUUUAUUAAGCUAAUCCAGAUUAACCGCUAAACAUCAGUCACAGUUAAUUAUUGUUGUUCCCUAGUUUAACCGUAUAAAUCUGCUAAAAUGAACUUUUCUUUUAGUGUAUCUCUUUAAUGUUGAGACUGUAUUACAUCAACAAAUAUAUACUAGUCAGGGUUACUGCUGUGAUUUCUAACAGCCUCUGGAAAGCUUAUAUUAUCUGGUUGUAUUCAUUGAUUUUUUUAUUUAUUUAUUUUUAUUUUUUUUAUUUGACGUGCACCCAUUUCGACAUUGAUACUUUACCACACUUAGAAUUAGAUAUGUUUUAAUAGGCUGCUAUCAUAAUUUCCAAUAGCAGUCUCUGGCAAGCAUCUAUGAUCCUGUUGCCUCUGCCAUUGACCCUCUUGAGCCACCGUAGCUCACUAUCCCAUACCUUUGCAAAUUGGACCAAUCAGGACCAGGGGCGGGCUAUUUAAACCUGACACACCGGGGAGUCAGUUCCCCCUGAUGAGCCGCAGUUCUGCAAAACGCGCAUAGGGGCUCCUAUACUGACCACCGGUUCCUGUGUUUAUUCUUUACUUUGAUAUUGACUGGAGACAUUUAUUAAGCUUAUUCAGAUUAACUGCUCUCACAGCAAUCGGGCAUGGACCGCAGUUUUGCACGGAGUUAGCUAGCUUGAAAUUCUCCCCAGCAUCAGACAGGUGCCUUCGAAGGCACAGACUAGGGAUUGACUAGCUAGUACCUUAGUUGAUAUCCUGCAUGGUUAGUCACCGCUAUCGCGUUCCUUUAAACGUUCAUAAUAUAACAAAAGGAAAAAAAACUAAAACACAAAAGUUACUGUACUUCAAAGAAACGUUUAGUCCUUUGCCAGCCACAAAGCACUUCUAUUCGGUUAUCCCCUUUGUUUAGGCUGUGAAGUUCUAAUUAUCAGUGGCGUCUGCAUUAGAAAGCAGAUAUAAGGGAAUAGCUGAAGCCACUUCAAAUACCUCCCCCCCAACUUAGAUAAAACAUGGUUAAAAGCAAGAGGAAACCUAAAUCAAACUUUAGCAACUCCUUAAAAUCCUGCACCAUAAAUUAAAAAGUAGUCCAUGUCUUAUCUCCGGUACCCUUUCCUCUCCACAGUUAGACACUACCAUUACGCUAGGACGUCCUACUCUGUAUUUGACUAGACAGACGUUAAGUGAACCCCUACUGUAUCAGUGUUAGUAGUAAUGUCCUGUUGGGCUAUUCACUUGUUCUUGCUUAUCGGGGAUUUGAGUAUCUGUUUUAUGCGCUCUGGGUGUUCAGCUGUUACAAUAUUUUUCCUUGCUCUUUUUGACGAUCCGUAUACACAGUUUUCUAUUAUCAUAUUUAACUAUCGUUCAGGGAACAGCCAUCAGGAAUUAGAGGGGUUUAGCCGUUCUUACAGCCGUAACAUUCCUCUUACGUUUAUUUUGGAUUAUUACGAUAUAUAAAUUUUUUUGCUCCGCCAGUGGAGAUAUAUAUAUAUAUAUCUCCUGAUACCCUAGAUGGGUAUCUAAUCGAUAGAUAUGGGAUACCUUACAUCUAGCAAACUUAGUGUGCUCUGAUGACUGCUUAGAUCCAUCUGAAUUUUGAACUGUGAUGACGUUACAGAUAUCGCUUACUGAGUAAAUACUAGCUAUUGUGAUACUUCAGACUGACACAGUAUUGCUGCAUCCUACUGAUACCUAUUAGGGUGCUAACCACUGUAACAUUGUGGCAUUGAUUUUUGCCACCAUUCACGUCUCCUCCUGUGUCAACAUAUCUAGUUCUUUUCUAGUUAUUUACUGGGGUGUAUUUGUAAACCCCAUAGGUUUUUUCUUUCACCCAGCAUUUAACAUUUCUGUUUUACUUCGUUUCUCGGCACAUUACUUUGACCCAUGUUCAUUCAGUAAAUUAGAGCUUUUUGCCACAUUAUAUUUCUUGAAUGUGGUAAACUGAAGCAUCUAUAUAGAGAUGUUUGUCUUGUGUAGUUUAGUAUUUGUUAAAGUGUUUUUUUUAAAAAAAAUUUUAAAUCUAUUUUUGGGACAGAUUUUCUCUUCUGUUUUUUUUUUUUUUUAUGGUUCCUCUCAGGGUUAUCCCCUUAUAUGAUCCCAUUCCAUUACAACUGCACAAUUGUGGGGCUACCCAUUCUCAAACAUUCUGCACGCUGGAUGCAAAUUUAGCAUCCAGCAUCGCAGAAGCGCCUCUAGCAGCUGUCAAGAAGACCGCAACUAGAGGUUGGAUUAACCCUGCCAUGUAAACAUAGCAUUCUCUCUGAAACUGUUUACAUCUGAAGGGUUAAAACCUGGGGGACCUGGCACCCAGACCACUUCAUUGAGCUGAAGUGGUCUGGGUGACUACAGUGUUCCUUUCAUAUUUCAGUCAAAGUAUGCAAUACAUUGAUUAACUUGGUGCAAGUGUGGGGGUUCUGAGAAUAUGUAGGUUCCCCAAUGUUGUUAUAGGUCAAGAAUUUUGUGGCCCUCCAAUUUCUUCUGCCUCUACCUAGGUUGCUCGGUGGUUGUCCACUAAUUUCUUCAUCACAUGGUCCUUCACCCACACCAUUGGGAAGGGAUCUGGUAUACAGAGGUCCAGGUCCUCGCAUAGAGCUAGUCCAUAACUAGUGAAUGAGGGACAAAGCUUGGACUUUCAGGAUUCAGUCCGGAUGAGGAGGAAGAAGGAGCAGAGGUAGAAGGGACCAACUGUGUUUCUGGCGCUGUCCACCAGUCUCUUUCAUGGCUGGAAGCUGUAGCUUCUUUUUUAUCAUUAGUUGGUGAUGUCCCGUUGGGACUUUUUUUCCAAGGUUGUCUUCUGAGUCAGUUUCUAAGGAGAGGCUGUAUGCUGAAAUUCUUAUUGGAGUUGCCAGUGUUUUCCUCCAAAUUAGAAUCUUCACCAGAGAAGGUAAUAGGUAAUUUCUAUGCCAAGCGUUGAUCUUACCCUCCGGCCCUUGGAUUCGAUAUACAGGAAUCCAGGAACUUUAGAAAUGACCUCAAAGAGAGCGUCUCUCCAGCGAUCUGCUAAUUUAUACUUCCCUGGAACUCCCAGGUUUCUCAAGAGUACUUUCUCUCCAGGCUGAAUGUCUUUGUAAUGUACUUUGGGAUCAUAUCUUCGCUUGUUAUUUUCAUUAAUCUUGUCAGUAGCUUUCUCAACCAAUUCAUAGGCCCUUUGUAAACAUUCUUUUAAAUUCCUAACAUAUUGAUUAUGAGAAGUGUUACAAACUGCCUUUUGUAACGGUUAUUUCAUGUGACAAAUUGCCCUGUCCUCCUGGCUUGUGGAGAAGCCUGAUUGCCAGCCUUCUGCCUCAUGACUAUGGCCCUGGGGUGGAUGGCCCUUUAAGAACAGUCUGUGGGCAUGUUGUGACUUUUGUGAACAAUGCCCUAGACCCUUAAAAUACUUUUAUUCAUGGCUUCUUCCCACUUGGUUCGGUAAAUGGGACUUACUGAACCAAGUAUUACAUAGGCGGACCACACAGAAGUCGAAGUGUGCGGCCAAUUUACGGUUACUGUAGGUUAAUUGGCGACCGCUGGGUGGCCGCCGUUCGUACAGUCGAACGCAGUCAGCGGUGUGUGCAGCCAAAUCCAUGGAACUAAAAUCGGCUACCCAUUUGUGUGAACACCGCUGACCCGUACCUUCUCCUCCACUUUGACGCUUUGGUUAAAGUCGAAGUGAGUUCGACGGUUCGAACGCCAUGUUAUACUGUGCUAUUUGCACGAACGGUAUCCGUUCGUGCAUUCGAAUGGGACUUUGUUAAUUUUCUGUGGGAAAUAGACCGACCGCACAGCCCAGAUCUAUGGAACUGUAUUGGGCAGGAAAGCAUGCUUGCGGUCGGUCAAAAAGAACUUCCAGCUAACUUUUUAACCACUGGAGGGAAUUGUCUGUCUGAAUUUUGGGUAUGUUUGUAUUUUAAGUAUGCUGAUUAAUAAUAUGUAACUUUUUAUGGAGAUUGGAUGUAUAUUUUAGGAGUUAUAAGAAUUGUGUAAAAACUGUAGUUUACUGCCUGUGAUAAUUACAUUAACGCAUUGUGUACAGUAAUUAUAUCACAGGCAGAGGGGAGGAUCUUGUGGGAAUGAAUGGGAGUGUUUUACUGUAUUGUAAGUGUUUUAUUGAUCUACAAAACCCUGUGGGUGAUACCUUAUGUGUAAAACUUGCAUAAAAGAAAGGCCUUUGGUGCUGAUUAAACAGAACUGCUUGACCAUCUAACUCGCAGCCUUGACUCGUGUUUGUAGGAGACAGCUAUAAUCACUACAGGGAUUGCUAUGCUCUGCAUACUCCCUGAGCUAAUGAGUUCUUGUAAGAGCUCUUGCUCCUGAUCCUGCUUCGUUCUACAGAAGGAAGAGGUUCACCUACUGGAGCCUGGACAGCGAGAUACCAGCCCAGCAGCGGUGGUUCGUGGAGUCUGCAGUGUUUAUGGUGUCUAUGAUGCUGAUGGUCUUUUGGUGAGCGCUAGGAGCAUCCUUUCUACGGUCCAACUUUCAGCUAGCCUGGAGGCAUCUGUAAAAAGAAGCAUGGCUCAUACCAUCAGAAGACACUCCCAAACUGAUAUCAAUGGGCAGUUUUGCCUCCCGGCCAAACAUCAGAAAGUAAGGGGAAAAACCCAGUGGAUUCAUGUUUGGUACAAUUGUAAGCGUGUACCAGAGUUUCUACAUGUUGACUCCAAUUCCUCUUCUCUACACCUUUUUAAGAGUGCCUAACAUUACCAAUAGAGUUUGAUUGAAGCUCUCCGGGAGAUCUCCUUCAGGAUGAUAUGGAGUCGUCCUAGUUUUCUCAAUCUGUAACAGUCUCCGUAUUUCUUUAAUUAAUCUGCUUUCAAAAUCUCGACCUUGGUCAGAAGUUAAUUAUUUAGGAAACCCAUAAUGGGUAAAGAAUUUUUGCCAUAACACUUUAUUGACUGUAACUACUUGCUGGUCCUUGGUAGUGUAGGCUUGAGCAUAUCGAGUAAAAAGAUCUGUAAUCACCAACACGUUGCUGUUACCAGUAGUCCGGUUCACUGGAUAGGAAGUCCAUACACACGAAGUCCAUAGGGCCAGAACUUGUUACGUGACUCAUUGGGGCAGCGUGGGUAGGUAAAGUCUUCUGCACCUUCGGCAAUAGAUCUCCACAGAUUUUCUCAUGUAGGGCCAGUAGAAUCAAUCCUGGAUUAGGCCAAAAGUCUUGUCAAUUCCUAAAUGGCCAUGGAAGUCAUGUAGAGAUCAAAGCAUCAUUCCUCUGAACUUUUGAAGGAGGACCAACUGUUUUUGGCCAGGGUGAUCAUGGCAUUGUAUGACUCUGAAUAGCAUUCCAUUUUGAAUAUGGGAUAGACUCCCACUCCCUUUUAAAAUGGUUUCGUAGUUCAACAGGCAAAUCCUUCAUAUACUGGAAAUUCUGUUUCUCCAUAGCCUUGAUGAGACUGCCAAUUACCUGGGGCUUGAGCUUGUGGGUUUUUUUGUUUUUUUCUCAUCUAAGCUGAUAAAAGACCAUUCAGGCAUAGUAAUUGGAUGACACCUGACUUCAGGAAUUGCCUUGGGGGUACAACUAAGAGAAUCAAUACAUCUAAAAUCAGAAAAAUUGACCCAUCUAUAUUCCACAAUAAAAGUCUGACAUAGGGCUCUGACUCCUGGGCCUGGAAUCUCAACUCACUCCCCAUCUUCAUUGGUAAUAGACAAUCCAGGCCUCCUAGAUAGAGCAUCUGCCCCCAAAUUAUUAGGGCCUGGCUUGUAUUUUAAAGAGAAAUCAUAGUUGGAUAGUGCUGCUAGCCACCGGUGUCCUGUGGCAUUCAACUUGGCUGUGGUUAAGAUGUAGGUAAGAGGGUUAUUGUCCGUCCUCACUUCAAACUUAGCACCAUACAAAUAAUCAUGCACAAUAGCCCACUUCAGAGCAAGAAACUCCAACUUGUGUACUGGGUAGUUCUUUUCACUUCCAGUAAGACUCAGACUAAUAUAUGCGACUGGCCUCAAGCCUUCAGGGUAUGCAUGAUUGAUCACCCCUCCUAGAUAAACUAGACAUUCUCUAGGGCUCAUAUCUCCUAGAGUCUUCUCCAUUAAUUGCACUAUUAUUUGCUAUUUAUUUUUUCCUCUUUAUGAUGACUCAUCGUGAGCAAUUGAAAGAACCUACCGUAUAAUUUUCUGAAACUUGUACUGUAUGGUGCACUUAUUUGUAACAUUUUGUGCUCCACUUAUUUUUAUGUUUUGGUUUCUAUUGGAAAUGGGUGUGGUUAAACUGUUUGUAAAGUGGAUGAGUUGGCAAUAUAGCUACGCCCACAUGGUUGGGGGGGGAGCAAAAUAUUAUUGCACAGAGUUGUCAAUGAUACUAUGGUCUAUGCAUAUUUUGAAACGCUAAUGUAAAGCAUUAUUGCAAACCGGGGUUAAAAAGUGCUUCUUCAAAGAAUAUACUGCAAUAAUUACCACUCAAGGCUUAAAGGACCACUAUUGUGCCAGGAAAACAAGCUUUUUUUCCUGGCACUAUAGUGUUAAUAGGCUCCCGCCGGGCUCCAGAGGGGUUAAGGGGUUAAACACUUGCCUUUCUCCAGCGCCGGGCUCCCUCAGCGCUGGGGACUCAUCUCCCUCUUCCGACGUCAUCCGCCACAUGCGCGGAAAGAGCCACACGCGCAUUCAAUCAGUCCAUAGGAAAGCAUUUCUCAAUGCUUUCCUAUGAACGGCAGCGUCUUCUCACUGUGAAAAUCACAGUGAGAAGUGCCUCUAGCGGCUGUCACUUUGAUUGCCACUAGAGGCUGGAUUAAAUCCAAUGUAAACAUAGCCGUUUCUCUGAAACGGCUAUGUUUACACCUGCAGGGUUAGCCCUAGAUGGACCUCUCCCCCAGACCACUUCAUUGAGCUUAAGUGGUAUGGGUGCCUAUAGUGGUCCUUUAACCCCGUAAGGACCGGCCUGUUUUGGCCAUGUUGUACGUUAAGGACCAGAGCGGUUUUAAAACUUUUGUGGUGGUUGCGUUUAGCUGUAAUUUUCUGCUCUUAUUUACGGUUCCCAUACAAAUUAUAUAAUACCAUUAUUUGUAUCAUGUCAUAUACUUUACUUUAAAAAAAAAAAAAAAAUCUAUGGUGAAAAAUUUUUUUUUGAAUUUUUACUUGAAAAAUCUUUUAUCUUCAAAAGCUAAUGGGGAAAAAACUGCUAAAUAGAUUCAAAACUUUGUCCUGAGUUUAAAGCGGUACUGUCAUGCCAAACUUACCUUUCCUCAAUCUUUUCCUCUUCUCCCCCUCUCUCAGGAUCUGUUCUUCUUUAGUUUUCAUUAAAAUCAUAAGACAAAGUAGGGACUCUUUGCCUUAUGGAGGAUUCCUCCGCUUGACCAGCUCUGACCAGCGGAGGAGCAAAGUGUGCUUCAUUUCCGCUGGUCAGAGCAAUUUUCCCAUGAUCCUUACCUUUCCUCUGUGUUCCCGCGAUGCUUCAUGUCACUUUACACGAAACUGCCGAAUUGCGUUCUAACAGAAUGAGAACAGUAUGUUCGUUUCUUUUAGAACGCAAUUCGGCAUUUUAUUCGGAUCACAAUUUCAUUCGAAUGAAUGAAACUCCGAUCCUAUUCAUGCUGUGGCUGCACCUUGCAGCUGCUUAAUAGCUAAUUCCUUAAUUCCCACGGUAUCAGGGAGUUAUCUACUAAAAGGCUGAAAGACCUAAAUUGGUCUUUCAGCCACAUUUACUAAUACCAAGUAAAAAUUACUUGGUAUUAGUAAAUAAUAUGCCCCUACUCGCUAUACCACGAGUAGGGGCAUGUCUGGUAAACAGUGAGCAGCCUGUGGCUGCUCACUGUAAAAACAAAAAACUAUUCGCCCCCACCCCUAAACGACGGGUGGGGGCCCUAAAGUAAAAUAAAGGGGGAGACCUAAUGUCCACCCAUCCCCCGGCCCCCACACCUGCGCGGUGGGUUGGGGUCAUAAUGAUAAUGGGGGGCUCCUGCCCUCCCCCCGGCCCCCACCCCUGGGCGGCGGGUGGGGGCCAUAAUGAUAAUGGGGGAUGGGGGGACCUACUGUCCACCUCCCCCUCCAGCCCCCACCCCUAGUCACCCACCCCCCCCACCCAAAUAAAAAGUCCCUGCCUAUCCCCCUCACCCUAAAAAAUUGUGAGGGGGGAAUAAAAUAACUAACCUGUCAAAUAAAAUUAAACUUACCAUUCUCAAAUCUUCAUUUCUCAAAUCUUCAUUUUUCUCAAAUCUUCAUUUUUCAGCCCCAAAAAAGGCCAAAUAAAAAACCAUCAUAACUGUCGAAUUGAAAAUAAAAUAAAACCAGAGCACAAAAAAAAUCCAUCUUCACCCAUGGAGGGCUCCGCGCAGACUGAGCUAUGCAGGGCGGGGGAAGGCUUAUAAAUCCUUGCCCCGCCCUGCAAUUAGACUAAGAUCACUCUGAUUGGUGGGUUUAAGCCAAUCAGAGUGCUCUUUGUCAUUUUACACAGCGUUGGAAAAUUCAAAUGAACUUUCCCACGCUGUGUAAAAUGACACAGAGCACGGUGAUUGGAUGGAUUUCAAUAGUGACAUUGUAACACUGUUAUCUGUUAUAAAUCUCUGAAUCACACCUCACAUCUACAAUUUUUUUUAAAUUAGACUGUAGCGGAGAUGCAAUAUUCCCCAGGUUAUCUCCGCUUAUAAUCCAAGUGAGGCUCAGGAACAAGUAAAUAAUAAAUCCAUAGGCAAAGUUUCCAGCAGGUAAAACAGCAGCAAUAUCCCCACAGCAAUCCCAAUAACUGGACGACACACAGUUUCAGGAGCAGAACUGACAAGCCUUUAAUCACAGUCUCCUUAUAAAGCAUGCUCCCAUGCAAGGGAGGGAUUUACAGUAAUUAUUACAGUAGCCAAUCCUGUCCUGGUAACCUCCCACACAUCCCCUCCCCUCAGCCAGCAUCAUAAUCCCCUUAUCCAGCACACCAAUUCCCCCCGUUUCUGGAUGUACCCCUAAACGUAGGGGUACCCCUUUAAAUCAUACAUCCCCUGGUAGCCCUGAUCUGGGUGACCAACAUAUCCAAAAAUCACCCAGAUCAGACCAGGGGUUCGGGAAAAGUAUGGAGGGAAUAAAGUGACCGACCGCACGAACAGAGAUAGCCGAAUCCGGUUCCAUGUGAAUGGGCCCUGCGGUCGGUCCUGGCAUAAGGGAAUAAAAUACACGAAAACCUCUAGCUAUAGAGGCUAGGGAGGGUUCGCCUGAAUCCCCUCGUUCGGUAUUUUCUAUCUACCGAACGAGGGGCCGUUCGGUAGUUUGGAACCGAACGGACCAGGGCUGUGGAGGUCUCAGCGGUGUUCGCCUACUCGAGUGUCCGAUUUUAGUUCCAGACACUCGACGGCAAAACACCGCUGUUCGGGAGUUUUAAAAUGGCCGCCGCCACGUGUUCGUUUGUCGAAUGGCGGCCACCCCCGAGAACAAAGGACGGCUACUUCCUAGUCAAUUACCCGUUCGCAACAAUGUUGCAACGGGUAAUUGAGGACACACUUUACACAGGGGAGGUCUGGUUGUUCGGUAGUUUCAUUCGAAUAAACUAAGGGAAUGAAACUACCGAACAAUCAAAAGAAUACAAGGCUUUAAAACACAUAGAAAACUAGCAGAUCACACGAAUGCAAUUAUUUCAAGGACAUUUGCAGGACAGCCCAGUGCCAUCCGCUACAUAGACAACCCAGGAUAUUCAAUAUGGGGUAUGUCCAGUCUUUAUUAGCCACUUAGUCACAAACACUGGCCAAAGUUAGCAUUUAUAUUUGUUUGUGUAUUAAAAAUGCAAAAAACUUUAACUUUGGUCAGUGUUUGUGACUAAGUGGCUACUAAACAAAGGCUGAACAUACCCCCAUUUGUCUUCUUUUGCAAAUGGUUUGCCAUCAUUGGGGUAAUUCUCAUUCUUGGUCUACCAUAGGGUCUCAAAGGCAACAUAACCAAUCUGACAAAUUUCAAUGAAAAUAAAAAAAGUAAAAUCAAGCCUUAUAUUUGACCCUGUAACUUUCAAAAACACUCUAAAACCUCUACAUGUGGGGUACUGUUAUACUCCGGAGACUUCGCUGAACACAAAUAUUAGUGUUUUCAGAACAGUAAAACGUAUCAUAGCAAUAAUAUCAGUGAAAGUGGUGUGUGUGUGUGUGAAAAAUGGAAAAAACUUCAUUUUCACUGAGUUCCAUUUUCAAAAUGGUAGAUCACACCAGCAAGUGUUUUUAUUUCUACCGUUAUUUAAAAAUUAUUUUUUAAUACUGGUGUCAAUUUCCAAAUGUUGGGCCAUUUGGUUUUUGGAGCCGGUCUCCAUAAGUUUCAAUUUAAAAAUAGUUACCAAACUACAACUCAUUGACUUUACUUGAACAAAUAUUAAUAUACAGUAGGUACUUAGGUGCCUAACUGGUUACAAUGAAAAAAAAUAUUCAUAUGAUAAAGGAUAUUUUCAGUGCCUAUGUAGAGAUUCAUGACAGUUUUAUUUUAAUAUUGCUUCAAAACAGUAAAACAUAUCACCGUGAUAUGUUUUACUGUUUUGAAGCACUAAUAUUUUUGUUCAGCCAAGUCUCAAAGUAAAACAGUAUACCCCAUGUACAGGUUUUAGGGUGUCAUAGAAAAUUACAGGGUUAAACACAGUGCUAGCAAAUUAAAAUCUCUGGACUUUCGGCCUAGGUUGUCAGGCAUGUCCCUCAAAUUGCAAUCAAUAAAAUUACUUAAUUAUGUAAAAAUAUUACAUAAUUAUGCAUGUAGAAUUUAAAUAUAUGUAAUUAUGUAUAUUUCUUAUUUUUUUAUUUAUACAUAUAUCACUUCAUUCUAAGUGUAUUUUGAGAUAUAUAUAUCUAUCCCCCUUGUUGGAAUAAAAUUACAUAUAUAUAAUUUUUAAAAUAUUAUUAAAUGUUUUUUUCCCUUUUUUAUUUACUUAUUUAUAUUUAUUAUAUAUUCUAUAAGUGUGUAAUUUAAAUAUGUGUGUUUUUAUAUCCAUAUAUGUAUAUAUAAAAAUACUUAGUUUGCCAUUAUGUGCAUAUUUUUUUUUUUUUUUUUCAUUUUACACUUGCAGGGAGACUGCCUGUCAGCACAGACAGUCCCCAUGCAGGCAGUUACAGGCACCUAUAGCAGCCAUGUGAUGGAUCUGUUAGAGCUAUCACGUGGGGUCCUGAUUUGCUGCGGGGAGACUGCCUGGGCUGCAGGCAGUCUCCCCACACUGGGAGCAACGCCGAUUGCCGCCAGGGGAACGACUGCGAUCGGGUAAGUACCCCAAUACUGUCAUGACGGUUCAGGACUGUCACCGGCCCUCAAGGAGAUGUUUCUGAUGACGGUCCUGAAUAGUCAUCAGUCCUUAAGGGGUUAAGGAUAAUGGGAGUUUGCAAUGAGCUGAAGUGGUCUGGGUGCCCAGAAAAGCUUUAUGUGAGAGUUGGGUUUUUCUUUGUGAAGAGCUUUCCUUUGUCAUGUUGAUGCUAUUUCAGUUUGUAUGUGUUUGUUUUGUCUUUUAUUAAACAAUAUUAAAAUAAAACUGUCAUGAAUCUCUACAUAGGCACUGAAAAUAUCCUUUAUCAUAUGAAUAUUUUUUUUCAUUGUAACCAGUUAGGCACCUAAGUACCUACUGUAUAUUAAUAUUUGUUCAAGUAAAGUCAAUGAGUUGUAGUUUGGUAACUAUUUUUAAAUUGAAACUUAUGGAGACCGGCUCCAAAAACCAAAUGGCCCAACAUUUGGAAAUUGACACCAGUAUUAAAAAAUAAUUUUUAAAUAACGGUAGAAAUAAAAACACUUGCUGGUGUGAUCUACCAUUUUGAAAAUGGAACUCAUGUUAUAUUUUCUGACAGCCAUAUUGGAUUAUGUUUCCAAUCUUGAAAAAAAUGUCCAAAUAUAUAAUGAACUUAUCUACUUGCAUGUGUUUUAUAUAUGUGCUCUUUUGGGGGGGCAGGGUGUGUGUAUGUAUUUAUAAUUUUAUUUUAAUUUUUUUUUUUUUUUUUUUUAACAGGAAUUUUGAAUACUAUUGCUAAGUUGACAAAGUCAUGCACUCUCCGUCUUACAGCCUGCAAGCUUUAUUUUAUUCUUACUGAUAAAGUAACAAAUGGAGGAGUCAGCAUGUGGUGUGAGCUAAAUCAAGUAAGCACACUGUCUUUUGUUGAAUGUGGGAACUAUUUUAAAUAGUGUUUUUCUGUUGCAGCUGUAUGAAAGCUGCACUCUUGAGAGAACCAAUUAUUUAGACCAUAUUUCAGGUAACCCCUGUGUCAGUUCUGGACAAAUGUGUAGAAUUUCCUCACAAAUUAGGCAAAGCCAAUCCAAAGGGUGCUUAUUAGUAGGUAACUGGGUCCAAACAAGAAGAUUGGUUAGUAUUAAAAUUCAAUGCAGAAAAAGGAUAGGGGGCACUCCCGGGACCUAAAUUUUGCAUGAAAGGUGCUGCCGCAGUGACCAAACUUCAUACAUAAGAAAAUAAAUAGUUGCAGCGCACUCAGACUACAAAAAAAUAAUACAAAGAAGGCUACUAAAAUGCCUAUCUGAGAAUAAAUAUGGGGAUUUAGUUCCACCAUAUGGCCAUAUGUUGUUAAGCCCACCACUACUUUCAAAGUACCCCAAUAUUGGUGGGUCCUACUCUAAAAAUGUGGGGGACAAGUUAAAUAGUACUAGUGUUAAAAUAACAAGUGUUAAAUUAAAUCCUAAUAAGAGCAUAGUGAGUAUACAAAAAUAAGUGAUGAAAGCAACUAAAAACAGUGUUAAAACUAAACAAAUAAUGUGUAAGUGCUAAAAUGAGUAUACUCACUAAUGCAGAUGAUCUGUGCUGACUAGAAUAAAAGUGACUUGACUAUUGGAAAACUCCUCCUAUAUAUACACACACCUGUGGCCACCUCUAAAGGAGCCUCUGAAGCUGGGGGGGCCUGGGCGGGGUGCUUAACCCCUAAGGAAUCUGGUCUGGAUUCCAAAUAUAAUGUAUGCAGAAAAAGGAUAGGGGGCACUCCCGGGACCUAAAUUUUGCAUGAAAGGUGCUGCCGCAGUGACCAAACUUCAUACAUAAGAAAAUAAAUAGUUGCAGCGCACUCAGACUACAAAAAAAUAAUACAAAGAAGGCUACUAAAUUUAUUUUCUUAAGUAUUAAAAUUCAAGUCUGUCUUAGCAAUACAAAUUAGAAUUUGCACCGUUUAUUUAUUCCACCAUAAUUUAACCCCUUAACGAUGAAUGACUGACCUGGUUCGUCACCCAGGGAAGACCCUUAACGACGGGUGACGGACCAGGUCCGUCAUGGGUUAAAAUUAACCCCCUGAUCGCGGGGAUAAUUGUGCUCCGGUCUGCCUCUGUAUUAUAGGCAGACCAGGAGUACCCGAUCACGCUGCUCCUGCAGCAGUGCUCGCUCUGACAGGCUGUCAGAGCGAGCACAUGUGCUGCAGGCACUUACCAUCCGCUUACCUGCGCUUCCGGGUUCUGUGUGUAGUGCAGGGAGACGGAUCAGCAGUGAUCUGCUUCUCCCUGCAAAAAAAUUAAUAAAGUUUAAUUAAAUUCGCACCCCCCCCUUUACCCAUUUUAAAUAAAAAAUUAACCCCUUCCCUGCCAAUUGAUCACUGACUACAGUCAGUUACGGUCAUCUAUUUUUUAUUUAUAUUUUUUUAACCCUCAGGGGUUAAAUUUAUUUGAUUCAAAUAUUUUAAAAUUCUAUAUUUAGCUGGGGUGGUUGGAAGUUAGUUGGGAAUUGGGGGAUUUGGUAUUAGGCUAACUAGGGGUUAACGUUAAGUUUGGUUUUGUUUUUUUAGCUUUAAAAAGUUUAAAGUUUUUAUUUUUUUUAAUGUUCCAGUUGAUCACUGCCUACAGUGAUCAAAAUACAGAUCACAGUAUUCUACUGUGAACUAAUUUUUUUUUUUUACCCUCAGGGGUUCAAUUUAUUUAAUUUAAUUUAAUAUUUUAUUAUAUAUUUUGCUAGCUGGGUUGGGUGGGAGUUAUGAGAAAGUGGGGAAUUUACUGUUAAUGCUGCUUACUGCUAGUUAGGGGUUAACGUUAAAAAAAAAAAAAAAGCUUAUAGAAAUGUUAAACCUGUUUAAAAAAAUAAGCUUUAAGAAAGUUUAGGAAAGUUGUUUUUGUUUUUGUUUUUUUAUAAGCAAAAAUAAACGCUUGUUACCACUACACUUGGUACAAGCUAGCGGAAAAAAGGAUCCCACACUAAGAUUAAAAAUAUUCCUUUUGAAAUACCCUGGGAUGUCUUCUUUAAGAAAUGGUAUGCCUUUAUGGGGUAGUUGGAUUAUAUAACCUGCUAAAAUGGGACAUGGACACAGCGUAAAAACUGUUUGAGAAAGACUGGAAUGACUGUCUCAAAUGUCUCAAAUGUGUCCCUUCCAUGUCCACAUAUACCUGGCAAAGGUACUUAUGGGGGUAUUGCUGUACUCAGCUGACAUAGCUGAGAAACGUAUUAAGUAUUAUACGGUCGUAGCACACAUACGAUUUGCAAAAUAUACUGUGCAAACUCACUUUGUGUGACAAAAAGGCAGAAAAAACACUUAUUACCACUACACAUGGUACGAACUAGCGGAAAAAUGAUCCCACGCUAAGGUUAAAAAUAUACAUUUUGAAAUACCCUGGGAUCUGUUCCUUCAGAAAUUGAAUGCCUUUAUGUUGUAGUUGUAAUAUGUAGCCUUCUCAAGUGCUCCAAAGUGAAACACUGAUGCAUCAAAAUCCUCCAUGGAAAUUCACACUUAAAAACCUGAACUUGUCACGUCUUUUACAGCACUAUAACUUCACAAAAUAGUGUCUAGGUCAUACAUUGGGCAUAUUGUUUUACUCAGAAGACUUAGCUGAGCAUAAUUUGGGGGGUUUGAACUUAGUGGCACAUAUGAAAUAUACAAAAUGCCCAGCAAAAAUGUAAUCUGUAUGUAAAAAAAAAAAAAUGCCCCAAAUUAUUUUUUACCACAUAAUUUGCCAUAUAUUGGUGAAAAAAUGGGGGCAUGUUAAGGCACAUUAUGCAGUAUAUGAGAUACCCUGGAGUGUCUACUUUUACAAAUGGUAGGCCUUUGUGGGUUUUUUGAACAGUCAAACUGCUAUAAUACCCCCUAUGCUUCAUAGGCCCAUUAAAUCAGUCUCUCAAAAUUCUACUGUAAAUACUGAAAAGGACAGGUCUCCUAUAUGGCACUGUAGCUUCACGAAAUAGUGCCAAAGACCUACAAUGGGGGUAUCGUUGUUCUCAGCAUAUGUAGCUGAACACAAAAUAAAACUUUGUACAGGAAUAGCACACACCAACUUUACAAAAUAUACAUCAGAAGUUCUUUGUUAUAAGUUUGUGUGCCAAAAACAAAAAACCCCACAAUUUUACUCCAAUAUUUAGCAGAGGUUGGCGGUAAAAUAGCUAUGUAGAAAGUGUCAAAACAAACUUGGGUAAAUAGCCUGUGAUGUCUACUUUAUAUAAAUAUAUACUUUUGUGUGGCAAUUUUGUUUUCUUUUAUGGCUAUUAAGCUUACAAGACAAACAUACCAAAUUCUACAAUCGCUCCAAAUUAAAAGUUUAUUUUACUCCUUGUGCUUUGUAACCUGUAACUACCAAAAAAAAACUUAAAAUCUCAGACACAUUAUAUAUUCUGUAAAUCAGACCAACUAAAUGAAUUUAUUUUUAAUUACUUUCAUUAACCUGCACUAAUUGUGCACACAUUAUUGCAAAAACUGUAAAAAAAAAAAAAAAAACAAAAACAAAAAAAAACAUUUUUUAUUUAUUUUUUAUAAGAAAUAAGUAUAUAUGUUACAUCAAAUUAAAAAAGCCCUUUCUGUCCUUUAAAAAAACAGUAUAUAAUAUGUGUCGGUACAAUAAAUUAGUAAAUGCAAAUUCCAGUUGAACGCAAACAACAAACAAAUGCAAAAAUUUCUUGUCAUGAAGCGUUAGACAAGCUUCUAAGGGGUUAAGGACUGAGCCAAAUGUACAUGUUGUAAUAAAAACAAAACGUAAACAAAACCUUGAAUUGCGCUAUAUGUCUGUUCAGGCGUAAUUCACCUUUUUGGCAUUAUGUGCACCCACACUUAUUGUGUAUCAUUUUAUUCUGGGGAAACAGAGCUUUUAUUUAACAUCAAAUAUUUAGGUAUGAAACCUAAUUCAAUAUGAAUAAAAUAUUAAAAAAAGGGAAAAAAUAAGAAUUUAAAUUUUUUUUUUUUUUCUUUUUGUUCUACGUGACAUUUUAACUGAAUGUCAUACUGUUUGCUUUUACUGCAAUAAAAUAAACAUUUGUAUUCAGCAUUGUCUCACGUGUAAAACAGUACCACCUAUGUACAGCUUUUAUGGUGUUUUGGGAAGUUACAGGGUCAAAUAUAGCAUGUUACUUUUUUUUUCUGUUUUUUUUUUUCACAUUGAAAUUCGGCAGAUUGGUUAUGUUGCCUUUGAGACCUUAUGGUCGCCCAGGAAUGAGAAUUACCCCAAUGAUGGCAUACCAUUUGCAAUAGUAGACAACCCAAGGUAUGUCCAGUCUUUUUUAGUAGCCAGUUUGUCACAAACACUGGCCAAAGUUAGUGUUUAACGCGGCACUGUCAUGGCCAAAUCCCGUGUGGUGUGUGUGGGUUUUUUUUUUUUUUUUUUAACCUCCACCCCCCCCCUUGACUCCACUACAUCUAACUGACCCGCAAAUGACCCAAAGCCCCCCAUAUUACCUAUUUUUUUUUAACUUUAAAUUGUGUUCAGGGUGCCGUCAUCUGCCCACACUAGAUAGUGCUGGGAGAUUCCCGCACAUGCCCAGUUAAACACUUGGGCAUGUGAACGGGAAUUUCAUUCAUUAAUUCGUCAGAAAGAUGAAUGAGUAGAAAUGUCAGAUGAACAAACAAACACUUAAUAUCAGUGUUCGUUCAGUUUAUUACAAGGAGGGAGCUACCGGCGUGCAGCUCCCUCCUUGUAAAAUGUAAAUAUAGAAGCAGCAGGGAGGUGUGCUCCCCGCUACUUCCUAAACCCCCCAUGUUCGCCCUCACUCUAUGGGGAGUCAAUCUCCCGAAUGCCCCUACUCGCUAUAAUGCAAGUGUAAAAUGACUAGCACUCUGGUUGGAUUCCAAGUCAACCAAUCUGUGUUCUGAGCCUAAUUGCAAGGCGGUGCAAGGCUUUGUAAGCCUUAAACCACCCUGUGGAGCUCAGUCUGCGCCUUGCCCUCGCCAGGUGAAGAUAGAUUCAUUUCUGUAGCAUCUGGUUUAAUCUUUUUUUGUCUUUUUUUUUUUUUUUUUUUUUUUUUUUUUUUUUUUUUUUUUUUUUUUUUUUUUUUUUUUUUUUUUUUUGUGCUCAGGUUUUUUUAUUUUAUAUUUUACAAGUUUGGGUAUUAUGGUUUUUAUUUGGUCUUUUUUGGGGCUGAAAAAUGACAUCAGAUGGAAUUUUUUUUUUUACAGUGAGCACGGUUUAAUAGACAUGCCCCUACUCGCGGUGUAUAGCAAUUUACUAAUACUAAGUAAUCUUUACUUAGUAUUAGUAAAUGUGGCUGAAAUACCAAUUUAAGUCUUUUAGCCUUUUGUUAGAUAGCUCCCUAAUUCCCAUUGUAUCAGGAAGCUAUCUACUAAGCGGCUGCAAGAUGCAGCCGCGGAACGAAUCAGAUUGGAGUUUUUCAUUCGAAUGAAGUUCCGAUCCGAACAAAGUCCCGAAUUGUGUUCUAACACGAAUGGAGAAACUGUUCUCAUUCUGUUAGGACGCAAUUAGGUAGUUUUGCCGGCGUCCUGUCUAAGUGGAUACUGACAGGAUGCAUCAUGGGAACAGGGAGGAAGGGAGCUAAGAAUUGUGGGAAAAUUUAUCUGACCACCGGAAAUGAAGCACACUUUGUUCCUCCGCUGGUCAGAGAUGGUCAGGCGUAGGAAACCUCCAUAAGACAAAUAGUCCCUACUUUGUCUUAUGUUUUUUAAAGAAGACUAGAGCAGAUAGGAAGAAAUGAACAGAUCCUGAGAGAGGGAGAGAAUAGAAAUCGAUUACAUAAAAGUAAGUUCGGCAUGACCGUGCCGCUUUAAUAUUUGUUUCUGUGUGAAAAAUGCAAAAAAACUAAUUUGAACGCCAAGUUUGGCUGACGAUAUUAUUGUUGUAAUACAUUUUACGGUUUUGAAACCCUAAUAUUUGUAUUCAGCGACGUCUUCUGAGUAAAACCGUACCCACCAUGUACAGAUUUUAUGGUGUCUUGGAAAAUUACAGGGUUAAAUAUAGUCAGGGCCGGCCUUAGGGGUGUGUGAGCUGUGCGGCCGCACAGGGCGCCAUGGACCGUGGGAGCCAUACAGCCGGCACAGCUCACACCAUGUCCGGGUGACCGCGGUGCAAGGGGAGCUAAAGCAGGUACCCGGUGGAGGAAAAAAAUAGCGAGGGGACGGGGCUUACCAAGUGGUGGGGCGGAGCUUAAUGAGGAAGAGGCUGGGCUAAUAUGAUAGCGGAGGUGGUGCUAAAACCUACCAGAAGCCCCUGGUAAUAACUGCUGCACAGAAUGGGGGAAGCAGGAAGGAGUCCCUGCUUCCCCAACAACUAGAAUACAGAAAUAAUAAAGACUUUUAACGCAAUUCUGUAUGGACACAUAUGUAAAAGAUCGGAAUAUGAACUCGUUCAAACAAAGGAAUAUCUUGAAUAAGAAAACAGAACUUGUAUUAUAUUUGGGACAUUACGCUGGAAAAACCCGAUGAAACGAAAGGAGCUGAAAAGAACAAAGGUGUUUACACUCCCGCCCAGCAACCACCGUUGAAUGUGCUGAGAACAAAAUCACACAAAAAUAAAAAAAUGGAAAUCAAAUUUUUCAACCCAUGGAGGUCUGGAUUUGGAGUCACAUUCAAAAUUAAAGUGGAAAAACACACUACAGGCUGAUCCAACUUUGAUGUAAUGUCCUUAAAACAGGUCAAAAUGAGGCUCAGUAGUGUGUGUGUGUGUGUGUGUGUGUGUGUGUGUGGCCUCCACGUGCCUGUAUGACCUCCCUACAAUGCCUGUGCAUGCUCCUGAUGAGGUGGUGGAUGGUCUCCUGAGGGAUCUCCUCCCAGACCUGGACUAAAGCAUCUGCCAAUUCCUGGACAGUCUGUGGUGCAACGUGACGUUGGUGGAUGGAGCGAGACAUGAUGUCCUAGAUGUGCUCAAUUGGAUUCAGGUCUGGGGAACGGGCGGGCCAGUCCAUAGCAUCAAUGCUUUCGUCUUGCAGGAACUGCUGACACACUCCAGCCACAUUAGGUCUAGCAUUAUCUUGCAUUAGGAGGAACAAGGGGUCUGAGGAUCUCAUCUCUGUACCUAAUGGCAAGCACAUGGAGGGCUGUGCGGCCCUCCAAAGAAAUGCCACCCCACACCAUUACUGACCCACUGCCAAACCGGUCAUGCUGGAGGAUGUUGCAGGCAGCAGAAUGUUCUCCACAGCGUCUCCAGACUCUGUCAUGUCUGUCACAUGUGCUCAGAACCUUUCAUCUGUGAAUAGCACAGGGCGCCAGUGGCGAAUUUGCCAAUCUUGGUGUUCUCUGGCAAAUGCCAUAUGUCCUGCACGGUGUUGGGCUUGUAAGCACAUCCCCCACCUGUGGAAGUCGGGACCUCAUACCACCCUCAUGGAGUCGGUUUCUGACCGUUUGAGCAUACACAUGCACAUUUGUGGCCUGCUAGAUGUCAUUUUGCAGGGCUCUGGCAGUGCUCUAACCUCCUGCUGGGUUGUUGCCCUCCUAUGGCCGCCUCCACGUCUCCUGAUGUACUGGCCUCCAUGCUCUGGACACUUCGCUGACAGACACAGCAAACCUUCUUGCCACAGCUCGCAUUGAUGUGCAAUCCUGGAUGAGCUGCACUACCUGAGCCACUUGUGUGGGUUGUAGACUCCGUCUCAUGCUACCACUAGAGUGAAAGCACCGCCAGCAUUCAAAAGUGACCAAAACAUCAGCCAGGAAGCAUAGGAACUGAGAAGUGGUCUGUGGUCACCACCUGCAGACCCAUUCCUUUAUUGGAGGUGUCUUGCCAAUUGGAUACAUACAAAUUAGGUGGAGUCUCUUGGUUCGUGGGUGUAGAAUAAAUAUAGAAAUGUAUAACUGUAAAAACAGAGAAAAAGACAAACAUCUAGUGCAGUAUAAUAGAGUACAUAAAUAACUCAAUGUAGGAUGUAUGAUUGAGUACUCCCAAAUAGAGAGCCAGAAAUAAAUGGCUCAAUAUAGGCGCCUGUGGGAUAAUUUAAAGUGUUCCCACUCCCUUUAAGAGCAUAACCAUUAUAAUGAAUCGGAAGAAAAUUCUUCUUUUAAUGGAAAGAGAUAUCAUAAAAUACAGAUAAAACUUUAAAAUGUAAAGAAAAAAUGUCUCUUAUAGAAAAAGCCACUCAAGGUGGUAAAGUCAUAAAAAGUCCACUUAGGGAUAGCAAGACGCGUUUUGCCUAUUAGGCGUCCUCAGUUGCUUCUAGUGUUACCUGUCCUUCUGUAGCCUUUUAUACUCUCCUUUGAUGGUGUAAUUACAAUAGUCUGUGAUGAAUCCAUCUCUUCCGGCUUCCGACCUCAUUUCCGGUUUCAUACUGGUGACGCACUUCCAGUUUCUGGUUUCGCCUGUCGUUGGAACGCAUAUGCGUUCCACCUAUUGAAAAAACUUUAUUGUCCAUAUCCACUACUCGGCUUCCAAUUGAUAACAUGAUUCCGGUUCUUUUCUUCACAUUCCUUUGGAACGCAUAUGCGUUCCACCUCUAGAGGAAGUGGAACUUUUCAUAGGUGUUUUCUUAUUUAUAUUCACUACCAUUAUACAUGUUAUAUGUACAUAUAUACAGUGAUACAAAAUAUGGAAAAUUAUAGAAGGCCAUAUGCAAAUAAUAAAAACAUGGAAAGUGCAUUGUUAAAUAGAUGUGGUAGAAGGAAGAAUGAAAUAGGCAAUCUUUAGAGAAUAUAUUACACAAUCACAUAAAAGAUAGAAUAAUAUUAUAGGUUCAAAGAACCUAGUAGAGGUUCUAAAUGGCAUAGACCCAUUUUAUAGUGGAAAAGAGAUUAUGUUUUGAGGAAAUGGCAAAUCUCAAAAUCAGAAUUGAGACCAUUAGGUAUCAAGGUGUUAAAAUUAAAGAUAAAUUUAAUUUCCUCUUUCCCUAGCUUGGUGAUGUAAUCUCCUCCUCUCCAAUCUUUUGUGACUAGUUUUAUUGCACAAAAAAAAAAAAAGAGACCUAUUGGAUCUUGCUUAUGGAUCAUUUUAAAAUGUUGAGAAACAGUGUGUGUCUAAGCCUUUCCUAAUAUUGUGUACAUGUUCUGCAAUCCUUACAUGAAGGGGUCGUAUGGUUCUCCCUAUAUAAAGGAGAUUGCAGGGACAUUUUAAGGCAUAGAUAACUCCUUUGGAAUGACAUGUAAGGUGAUCUCUUAUCUUGUAUUGUUGUCCUAACACUUCACUUAUGUCUAAAAGAGGUCUUUUUUUACUUUUAGUUACUCUACAUGGUAAACAUUCUCCACAACCAUAAAAACCUAUAAGAUUCUUCAUAAAGUGAUCUGGUUUAGCAGUUUCUAAACUGCUUCUGACUAGAAUAUUUUUCAGAUUUUUAGUUCCUCUAUAUAGAAUUUUUGGUUUCGAAGGUAGAAUCUCCUUCAAGAUGGGGUCAUCUCUUAAAAUGUGCCAAUGUUUCUGUAUGGCUUUUUGAAUCUGUUUGGUGUUUCUGUUGUAUUUACAUAUGAAGGGAAUGUCAUUACGUUUUUGGGGGAUAUUCUUAGAUUUAUUAGAUCUUAGAUCUUGAGGAAGACCUGAAGAGGUCGAAACGUUGAUCAGAUGUAUGUUAUCUGUUAUUAAAUAAUAUCGAGUUUUUUUUGUUUUUUUUCUACAAAGACCUGAGAGUGCAUCUCUUUCCUUUUUGCUUUACAUAUCCAGCGUGGGAUUGCACCAAGGCAGUCUUUUACUGAUUCAUUGAAAGGGUGAGUGCCACUAUACGUGUGUGUGUGUGUGUGUGUGUGUGUGUAUGUGUAUGUGUGUGUAUAUAUAUAUAUGUGUAUAUGUAUGUAUAUUCAAAAAAUUAGAAUAUCGUGCAAAAGUUAAUUUAUUUCAGUAAUGCAACGUAAAAGGGGAAGCUAAUAUACGAGAUAGACGCAUUACUUGCGAAGCAAGAUAGUUCAAGCCGUAAUUUGUCAUAAGUGCGAUGAUUAUGGCUUACAGCCUGCGAUGGGAACAAUGAUCAGAGCAUUCAAUAUCAAAUAAAAUACAUAUAUAAGAUGAAUCGUGAUUAUAUUGUUUUAAACACCAUAGUUUAUAUUGGCUCAGAAGAAAAAGUGUGUAUGCGCCAUAUCGCCACGGCGACUAGAAAUUUUGCCCUGGCGUCUGGGAUUUGCCAGCUCCCUAGUUAGGGAGGGAGCUUCGGUGGCCGUCAUAGGGAAUAUUGGAGGCGGCCAACUGCCUGUGGGAACAUGGAGGCGGCUCCUGCCUGCAAAAGCACUGUGCAGAGCCGCCGCCCGCAGAAGCAUUGUGGGCAGUGUGUGAGGGAGCAGUACUCUGUUUGCCUCUGCUCUCUCACGCUGUCUAAUGAUGUUGGGAGCCGGAAUAUGACGUCAUUCUGGCCCGAGGGAGCAGAGAGGAGCUACAGGCAGAGUACUGCUCAUUCGCAUACAGGAAGAGAGCAGCCCCACUGGACCAAAGGUAGGGAGGCUGAGUAGGUUUCAAUUAAAACAAAAGUGUGUGUGUGUGCCUGUGAGAGAGCCUGUCAGAAUUUGUGUGUGUGUCUGUCAGAGUGUGUGCGUGCAAGCCUGUUGUCAGCAUGACUGAGUGUGUGUGAGAGAGCCUAUCAGCGUGUGUGCAUCUAUCAGUGUCUGUGUGUGAGCGAGAGCCUGUCAGUUUGUGUACGAGUGUGUGCGUGCAAGCCUGUUGUCAGCAGGAUUGUGUGUGUGUGUGAGAAACCUGUCAGUGUGUGUGCGCCCGUUUAAGUACCUGCCCCUUCUGAUCACAUGAGGAAGGUGUUUACUCACCUUUCUUCCCAUUUUCCCACGCCGUACCAGUUUCACCAUGGUUGAAAUGAUCAAUCUUUAUGAUCUCAGCUAAGCCAAUGCUUUCCCUUAGGAUGCGCUGAACACAAAUAUGAGUGUUUAAAACAAUAAAACUCAUCACAACGAUUAAAUCACCAGUAAAAGUGCAGUUUUGGGUAAAAAAAUAAAAUUUAAAAAAAAUUUAAAAACCCCCAAAUAAAAACACUAACUUUGGAUAGCAUUUGUGGCUACUAAAAGAGUGGACAUACCCCAUUUUGAAUACCCUGGGUUGUCUACAUUUGGAAAUGGUAUCCCAUGAUGGGGUUAAUUUUUAUUCCUGGGCUGCUAUACUGUCUCAAAGGCAACAUAGGCUCAGCAAACCAAUUUGUCAAAUUUCAAUGUGCAAACAUGGAAAAAGGGAAAGCCAUACAUUUGACCUCCGUAAGUUAACAAAAAUCCAUAAAACCUGUACAUUGGGGCAACUGUUGUACUCGGAAGAUGUUGCUGAACACCUAUUGGGGUAUUCAACACUCCACACAGCAUCGCGCGGGAGGACAGGGGAGCUGCAGGGGACUGGGAAGAAUCAGUGCAAGACACAAUGCUGGCUGAAUGAAUAGGAAGAGGAUAAUCUAAGGGUGGUGAUCUCUGGCAACUAAAUGUCAUUAAGGGCAGAAAGGUAAAACACAGAAUGGAAUCUGGCUGACUUUAAUUCCCAGUACCUGCUGAAGACAGGUGGAGGAGAUAAAGUAGCUUGCUUUAUACGAAGCAAUUUCACUCCACAGUGGCCAUAAGUGCCAAAAGAGACCGGUUAUCUACCAGUUUAUGCCAAAAUAAAAAAAUUCUACCACUGGACCACCAGGAAUGGCUGUGUUCCCCCCCCCCACCCCCCCCUCCACCCCCUUUCAUUAAAGGUAAGAAGGAGGGAGGGGGGAUACAGAUUUAGCAUAACUUUGUUUUAUUUUUAUUUUUUACCACCCCUACAACCCCUCCCCCCACACACAGCACCCCUGCCCCUCCCCCACACUCGGCACCCCUACCCACACACAGCACCUCUCCACACCCAGCACCUCUCUCCUGUCACAUCCUGUUCCUCGCUGCGGAUCAUUCUGACAAUGGCUUCUGGUAUCCAGUACUCUUUUUGCUGUCCUUGCUUGGUUUUUCUGCUCUAUGUCUGGUUUUCUUUGUUGCUGGGUUUCUGGGUUCAUUCUUAGAUUCUGUCCCUGGAUUUCCCAGUCUCUUGGAUUCACUUAAAUGUUUGCUUUAUGUUGCUACACCCGUUUGUUUUCCACUUUCCUCUUGUUUCAGCCUGGACCUGCAGCAGUGUUUCUAGUUUCUGCCCUUUCUUGCAGGUAAGUGCUAUUGUGGUAUAGUGUGGUUGUUUUAGUAUACAUUAGGCAGUGUAGGACCUGCCAGAUAUGGGGUACAUUGGCGUUGUUGGCAGGCUUGUGCAAUGUAUGAUCAUAUAAUGUGACUAAAUCCCCAUACUUUUCAUAAUUAGUGCUUAGCUAUGUUUCCUUUUGUUUUACCUUGUAUCUCUUGUCUUGUUUUACUUUGUCUUGUAAUCCCAGUCCAUGUACAGACCUGUUCAGUCAUGCCCAUGUUAUGUUCUUGUUUUCCUCAUGUCUUGUGUACAUGUUCUAGGUUAUGCUUUCUGUCCUGCUCCGGUUCUGGGUUCUCCUAGUCUUGUCUUGUUUUCAUGUAUGGUGCCUAUUUCUAGUUUUGACCUGUUCUAGUUUUGUCUUGUUCUCAUGCAUGGGGCCUAUCUCUAGUCUUUCCUUGUUCUCCUAGUUUGGUCUUGUUUUCUUGUAUGGUGCCUUGCUCUCCUAGAUUUGCCCUGCUUCAGUACUGGAUACAUCCCUGCUGCAGAGCCUCCCUAUUCAGCUCCUGGGAGGUCUGCUUAAUUACCUGCUCCUAGUUCCUGGGAUCCGCAUAAGCUGAUUCAGGGUUCUGGUUGUGGCUGCACAAACGCUGGUGCUCAACACCAGGGGGCGUGCGGUUACCCAGCACCAGACCCUGCUAAUCCACUUCCAUGCUGAAGACUCCCACUUCUCAUCAGGCACUCAGGGAUCCCGGUUUCUUUACCGUCACCUGUGACAUCCCCACACCCUACCAACACACAGCACCCCUACCCCCACACAAUCCAUAUCUAGAUGGCAACAAAGAUUUGUAUUGCAAGAUAUUGGAAGUGUGAAGAAACCCCUACUUUUACCGAAAUUAUAACCCAAAUAAAUUACCAAGGACAAAUAAAAAAAGCUGUUUACUUUAAUAAUUUAAAUAUUACGAAAUAUAAUUGAAAUGGAAAAAUCAACCAAUAAAUUGAUUAUUUCUUUGUGUAUCUGCCCCUGGCCAAAUUAAUGAAACAAUGCGUGCACGCUCCCUGAAGUAAUUCACACCAGACACAGGUUCCAGGUUGUUGAAUAACUUUAGGAAUGUUUAUUCAGAGGGGAAGGCAAGUCCCUUUUAAAGCAAAAUUACAUCAUAGGUACCGUCAGAGAUAACAUGGAAUAAAUACAUCAAUAAUUGGUUAGGUGUUAAGUGGUCUUCCUAAUGCUCUGCCUACUAAGGGUGAUGUCACUGGGACCAUGAGGGUCUCCCACGGUUUCCCAGCGCCAUCUUGCUGCAUGAGGUAGUUAGUCGGUGUUAUUGGGGAGGAAGGGUUAGAAGCUUCUAGCAGCCAUUUUGACUAAAUAUGCGUGUAUAGCUUAUAUACUGUUUUUGUGCGAUGAGUAAAUAGACAUUUUACUAACUAGGAAAUAUAUCAAGACCUUAUUUCCACAACAAUAAUAAAUCUGGUUUAGAUGGUAUGAGUAUUAUAAUAUGAGUAUCUGAUCUUUUGGCAAACUUAUGGGCAUUAAACUAUUGAUUGAUCAAGUAAUACAUUUAUAAUUGGAAAUAUUGUCUCUGAAUCAACCAAUACUAAAACAGACUUGCGAUCCCAUCUUACAACGAAAAAGAUACCCUCAGAACACAAGAUGCCCUUUCCAAUUAUGUUUUUUUUUUUUUUUUUAUAUGUAUGUAUGUGUUUUUUUUCACUAAAACUUUACAUGAAAUAAGAGAAAAUGGGUAAAUCUUUAGCCACUAUACGAGUAAUAAUGGAUAAUUAUUAGUAUAACUAAUUUUUAAAAUAUUAAAAAAUAUAUAUUCUACACCAAACAGUAAAUGGAUAUACACCCUGUUCAAAUUAUUAUGCAAAUUAUAUUUUUCUCAUUUACCUAAAUAAUUGAUGUAAAUAAGUCAGCAUAAUUCUCAUGUAAUCAACUAUUAAGAGUACAAUUCAAAUUUUAUUGAACAAACCUAAUGAUAACAGUAUUUUUUAAAAUAAACUUACAAUGCACUGUUCCAAAUUAUUAUGCACAGUAAGUUUCAAAACACUUUAUAGGUUGUAAAGAACUGAAAAUUUUCAUUUGUUGUGUUUGCAGCAUAUUUACUGAAAUCAAAAGCUAUUUCAAUCAAAUUUAUAACAACAUUUUAACUGAAAAAUUAAAAAAUUAAGUGUGUCUCACACUGAGUAAGUUGAGCAGCAGGCUAUGUGUUGCAGCAAUUAUCAUCAUAACCCCUGCAGGCAUUUGACUAGAUAGGUAUGGGAUUGUGCAAAGAUGAACGCUAUAAAGGUGAGUCGGGUGUGUGAGGUGUUGAAGGUGUCUAGAGGACAUGCCUAUCUUUGCUUGCUUUAUGAAGCGCUCUGUAUCCCUGAGCUGGGGGGGGGGGAGUGAGAAGUAGUAGAUGUCGCCCAGUGGUGCGGUUAGUGUCGUGUCCGUGUGCCGUCAUCCCCUGAGGUAGUGAGACAUGUGGGCCAAAGGGGUAAUACCGGGAAAAAAAAAAAAUAAUAAAAAAAAAACAAGUGAUAUAUAGUCGGUUCAGUAAAACAGUUGAACUACAUACAGUCUCGGUCCAUGGUGUUACAUGGAAUCAUGAGGUGUGAGUCCCGGUACUUGGUCAUAGGCCCCAGGUUGCGCCAGCCGCUUGUGUGUUCGGUGCGGUCUUCCGAGGGACGAAAGUGGUGGCUGUUGCAGGGUUCCACGUGUGUGGCCGGUUUAGCCUGGUGAGGUGUGUGAAACUGCAGGGCGGUCUGUGGGAGUCCCAGGGUCCCCAGUAGUGCAGCAGCAUCCUGUAGUGUGUGGACGUGGUGCGGGGUGUCCCCGUGGAUGAUCAGCAGGGUCUGCGAAGGGUGCCACCGGUACUGGAUAUUAAGGUCCCGUAGAAGGGUGGAAAGAGGCUGCAGGGAUCUCCGCCAUUGCAGUGUGUUGCCAGACAUAUCUGCAUAGAAAGAUAGAUCCAGGUUCUCAAAUUUGUAAGUGGGAGUCCCUUGUAUAGCGGCCUGGACUGCUGUUUUUUCUCUAACGGAUUGAAAUUGGACUACCAGGUCCCUGGGUGCUGCGGUCGGCGCCUUCCGUGGUUUGGGUAUGCGGAACACUCCUGUGAAGGCCAUGUUUUUGGCCUGUCGUGGCGUGAGUAGGGAUGCCAUCAGUCUCCGUAGGAAAUGCGGGAUUUCCGCCUAUGGUAUGUCCUCGGGUACUCCUCGUAGCUUGAGGUUCUUGCUACAUCUCCUGACUUCGAGGUCUGCGAAGCGCAGGUCCGUGGCGGCCUGUUGCUUUUUGCGGGCCAGGACCUCUUGUUCGAGGGCCGCGAUCUUCUGGGAGUGUGUGUCAGACGAGGCUUACACAGCCCCCAGCCUGCCCACAAGGCCUGUGAGAUCUGCCCGGAGCGAGGCCACGUCCGCCUGGAUCGUUGUUUUCAGGUCAGUGAGCAUCUCCCGCAGGGCUGCCUCUGUCACCGGCGUCGAGUCAGUGCUCCAAGGGGCUGGUUGUGGGUGAGCCGGGGCUGGUGUAAUAGUGUUGCUCAGACUCAGCGAAAAGUCAUCUGAAGAGUCUGAGUAGUCAGUGAUGUCAGCCGCCAUUUUAGGCCCUAGCGCUCCGCGCGCUUGACGGAGCAUUUCUCCGAUGUUCAUUCCCGGCCUGGGUUUGUCGGGUUUCUGCUUCUUAAGCUUUCGCCCCAUGUUGGUCAGGGCUGUGUUUUGUGCUUUUUUUCGGGGUGAAAUUCCAUUGGGGGAUCCGGAUUUAUUGCGUUUUGGCCCGGAGCAAUGUGCAUACACGUCCGUUCUCUUUCAGUGCGUAGCUCCGCCCAGGUCACGUUACAUUUUAACAUAGGACCCCCUUAUUUGAUAUCAGCUUCACAUCCAUUGAACUUGUGAUUUUUUUUGGACUGUUUCUACUUGAAUUUGUUUGCAAGAUGUCAGAAUAGCCUCCCAGAGCUGCUGUUUUGGAUGUAAACCGCCUCUCACCCUGAUAGAUCUUUUGCUUGAGGAUGCUCCAAAGGUUCUCAGUAGGAUUGAGGUCAGGGGAGGAUGGAGGCCACACCAUGACUCUCUCCUUUUAUCCCCAUAGCAGCCAUUGAUGCAGAGGUAUUCUUUGCAGCAUGAGAUGGUGCAUUGUCAUGCCCCAAGGUGAUUUUAUUACGGAAAGCAUAGUUCUUCCUUCUGCACCAGGGAAGAAAGUGGUCAGUCAGAAACGCCACAUACUUUGCAGAAGUCCUCUUUACACCUUCGUGGACCCUAAAGGGGCCGACCUGCUCUCUUUCCAUGAUUCCAGCCCAAAACAUGACUCCACCACCGCCUUGAUGACGUCGCAGCCUUGUUGAAACAGGUUGGUCAUCCACCAACCAUCCACUACUCCAUCCAUCUGGACCAUGCAGGGUUGCACGGCACUCAUCAGUGAACAGGACUGUUUGAAAAUUAGUCUUCAUGUAUUUUUCUGCCCAAUGCAGCCGUUUCUGCUUGUGAGCAUUGGUUAGUGGUGGCCGACUAGAAGGUUUAUGCACAGUUGCAAGACUCUGGAGGACUCUACACCUUGAUAUCCGUGGGACUCCAGAGUCACCAGCAGCUUCAAAUAUCUGUUUUCUUCUAUGUAAUGGUAUUUUAGCAGCUGCUCUCUUGAUCCGAUGCAUGGAUCUGGCAGAAAUCUUCCUCAAUGUGCCUUUAUCUGCACGAACCUGUCUGUGCUCUGAAUCAGCCACAAAUCUCUUAAUAAUGCGAUGAUCAUGCUUACGUUUUCAUGACAUAUCUAAUGUUUUCAUACCUCGUCCAAGGCAUUGAACUAUUUCACUCUUUUCGGCAGCAGAGAGAUCCCUUUUCUUCCCCAUAUUGCAUGAAAAUGGUGCUCUGCUUAAAGGACCACUAUAGUGCCCUGAGGGUGCCACCACCCUCAGGGACCCCCUCCUGCCCGGCUCUGGGGAGAGGAAAGGGGUUAAAACGUACCUUUCUACAGCGCUGGGCAGGGAGCUCUCUGCCUCCGAUCCUCCUCCGAUCCUCCCAUUCAGCUGAAUGCGCACGCGCGCAUAUUUAGCGGGUCUCAUAGGAAAGCAUUUGCAAUGCUUUCCUAUGGACGCUUGCGUGCUCUCACUGUGAUUUUUUUUUUUUUCACAGUGAAAAUCACGCAAGCGCCUUUAGCGGCUGUCAAUGAGACCGCCACUAGAGGAUUUGGAGGCCGGAUUAACCCAUUUAUAAUCAUAGCAGUUUCUCUGAAAAACGGAUCGCCUGGCACCCCGACUGGGUACCUCCGUUAAAGGAUGCUCCUAGCGCUUCUUGAGGACUCCAAGCACUGCAGCAGACACCACAACCACUGAACCGGAGAAGCAUAUGAAUCCUCUCAAGCAUAUGAAUGCGGUAGACAGUUGAAUAGGAACCAUACGAAUAGGUUUACUCUCCUAGCAGUCAAACUGGAACAGCAUACAAUAAAUCCUUCCCCCAAUAAUGAGACGACACUUCACUUUGAGGGUUAAAACAGGAACUCUCUGUACUGUCACAUACAGUCUCUUUUAUUCCCAAUCCACAAACAUAGUACAGCCCACAGGGCGUUACAAAACAACCAAUCAAUCCGUACAAUACACCCAGACACUCCCACACAAAAUCCUCCCCUCUGCAGGUGAUAUGAUUACUGAACACAAUGGGUAAUCUCAUUAUCACCGGCAGAGGAAUACAGUUUUUACACAAUAUUUCUAACUUCUAAAAUAUACAUGUCACAAACAUAAAACAUACAUUUUCAUAAUCAGUCCAUUCAGGGGAACAACAUAUUAAAAAAUGGCACGAAUCAGACCAGGGGUUCAAAAGUUAAGGGAAAGUCCUUUGUGACUAAAUGAAGCAUGGCUUUCUGGCCCAACCAGUUUCAGAGUCUUCUAUCCUGGAGAGGAAUUCAAUUAUCUCCCAGGACAGACACAAGACUCAAUUAAGCACAUGGUUGCAAAAAGACACAAAACACUUUCAAAUACAUAAAGUCACCUUUUACACAUAACACACAGACAUUUCACAUAUCCCCAGAUAGCUGGGAUCUGAGUGCACAUUAUUAGAUGAAUGGUACUCAGAUCACACAAAUAAGCCUUUCUGCAGGGGAAAUAAAUGGUUUAACCUGCAGGGCCAUAGUCCAAAGGGAGCAGGCGAGCAACCAGGCUUCUCCAGUUCAGUGGCGAGGUUGGUUUCGCCACACUAUGUUUAUUAAAAAAAAAAAAAAAAAAAAUGGGUUAACCCUAGCUGGACCUGGCACCCAGACCACUUCAUUAAGCUGAAGUGGUCUGGGUGCCUAGAGUGGUCCUUUAACAAUGUGGAAUACCCUCCUUUAGUAGUUUUUCCCUUAAAUUGGGCUCACCUGGCAAUCAAAUUAUUCCAGGUGUCCGAGAUGGUUUUCAGUGAUCAAAAGAGCCCUGAGACACAAUGCCAUCCAUGAGUUAAACUGAAAAACAAAAUAUUUAAUCUUUGUGACACUUAAAUAGAAUUUGCAUAAUUUGGAACAGGGUGUUGAUUUUCUCAAAACUGGAACAAUCUAAAAUACAAAGGUAAAAUAUAUAUGUAAAAUAUAUAUGUAAAAUAUAUAUGUAAAAUAUAUAUAUAUUGAUAUUGCAGACGGUAAAUCUAUAAAAACAAGCCCCUAUGUUGGAUAAAACUCACAGGAUGUAGAGCCAUCCCAGGCUCUAUAUGGUAAGCUUGACAUAAAGAUAAACAAUGAACAGCAGACACAUUUCGACUCCCGAUGGAGUCUUCCUCAGUGCUGCAGUCCUUUCUCCCUGGUCGCAAUAAAUACAGUCUGUAACCAUCUUCAAGCCGGAAAAGCUGUGUGACUUCCUAUUUCUGGCAUUCUGUUUCCAGUGCAGCAUGUACACGUCUUCAUUCUGCUACUGUUACGUGACGCAGACGUAAUCGCGUCACUUCCAGAUUUCCAAUCCCAACAUGAAAAGGGCAAAGAAGAAUAAAGUCCCAUAUUCCAAAGGGGCAAAAAAUUGAGUCCACAAAAAAUAUAAAGUAUAAAUGUAAUAAAGCAUACCUAAAAAAUAAACAAGUUAAAAUAGUAUAUGUAUUAAGUAACAAAUACAAAAGACCAUAAACAAAGAACAAUUAAUAGAAAAAAGUGCAUAAAAGAAAAUGUAAUACAGAACCCUUUUCCAUCAGUUAGGCUGUGAGUGAGUAGAACAUUUCCUAAAACAUUUUCCUGCUAUUUAUUUUUUUUGUUUUACUGUGGGACUUCUUUAUGUGGUGUUUUUAGGCUAUAUGCCUUUUAUACUUAUUGAUAUCACUGCUCAAUUGUCCCUUUUUAAUAUUUCAUUAUAAUAAACUUUGUUACAUUUUUAAUUUAUUUUGUGCUGUUCUUUUUCAAAAAUGUUGCUUUUAGCCUGGCUAGGCACACUUAAGCUUAUUAUAUAGAGACUGGGGCGGCUCUACAUCCUAUGAGUUUUAUCCUACAUUGGGGCUUGUUUUUAUAUAUUUACCGUCUGCACUAUAUAUUUUACCUUUUGUAUUUUAGGUUGUUCCAGUUUUGAGAAAAUCUAUAUCUAUCUACUAUUUGGUGUAGUAUAUUUUUUUAAUUGCUAUACUAUUUAUAUUUUAAGUGUUGUGGGGUACACUUAUACUGCACCUAUAUAUAUUAUUAUUAUGUAGGUUGUACACACCGUUUUAUCUUUUUAUUCUAUAAAAUAUUAAGGUUUUUAAGAUUUACCAUAUAAGUAUGAUAUCCUUGACACUAUUUUAUAAUCUAUAUCAAAGACAAAUAUUGACACAAAAUAGAAUACUAAUUGGUUUGAUGAAGAGAAACUCAAAGGAUAUAAAUUCUGUAAUGUUGUGUUUUUUUUUUUUUUGUAAUUCUUUGUUUUUAUUGAGGUGUAAGAUGGGUCAAUACAGAAAGUAAAACAUGGGGUUAAUGCAUGAAAAACAUACGUUGUGCAUAACUAUUUGUACAAUGGUUGCAUAUGCUCCCGAGUAUAACAGCCUCUUUUUAUAAGUUUUUCAACAAUAAUGUUAUACAUGCUAAACGGGCCAAAAUAGUACAGAAUCACUUGACUGCACCUGGGUCUCUGCUGGUUGUAACCUCGCUGGCAUGUCUAGGUAUAGAAAUAGGUAUCCGCGGCAAAUUAACAGGCUGGUUUGCCAUCCCUAGUCUUGGCUUUCAGCUUAUGUGAAGCGUUAUAUUUGCAGCCCGUCUAGCCUUUGGAUAGGUUAACCUAUUGCGGUAAUCGACAUUAGGAGGCAUGUGGGCUGUGGGCUGUGGGCCUGUCAGAUAACACUAAUACAGUUAACCUAGAGAAAAACUUGAGACAUAUGAGAAAGCUAACAAAAUUAAAAUACCGCUGUUUAGUAUGGGCUAAAGAGUAUUCUUGUAUGCCUGGUCACAUUAAGAGGACAUAAGUUGAGUCACAUAGGCAGAGAACACAGUAUACAUGGUAACUGCAUAGACCAAUUAUAUCAUGCUUGUUACUGCAUGCUGCCUAGAGGAGUAUGCCCGCUGAGCCCCGAAGUGUGUGCGGCUAGUCGACUAGACAGAUCAAAGCAUCUUACAAACCUGUUUCGGCUGGCAGUUUUAAGGGUUUUUGGCCCAAGUCCUGGAUAAGCGUUUUUAAAUCCGCAUGGUAGUGGCCAGUGUGUCAGUUUUUAUCUCUCACUGCUCGUCCUCGUACUCCAUCGGGUAUGCUGUUGCACCUCGAGGUGAAUAUCACUUGAUUUUUAGUUUUCCCGGUGUUGUGGUGGUACUGUGUCUGUGGGCUGCCAGCCUGAGGCUUUAGCAGGCGCUCCUGCCCAUUCGCCAUUGAUCCCGUCAGCAGGAUCGUGGGCCCUGGGUUCCGCCGGAUCAUGGUCUUCUCCCAGGGAGUAUGGCAGGCUGCAGAGGGGUUCCUCUUGGUGAGCGCCAAGCCCAGAAGAAGGGCGAGUGGUCUCAUGGGCAGCGCCAUCCACAUGAGUAGUGCGUUGUGCAGGGUCUUUAGUGCAUUGCGCCCGAUGUGUCUCCAGACUUGGGUGCCGCUUUAUGGUGUGGGUCGGUGUAUGUUUGCAGCCUUGUGCACCGUGCCAGGUUGUAUCUGCUGUCUGCUUUAGGCUCUGCAGUUCGGUCUCCGCACACGUGGCCACCGCCAUCUUGGCCGCGGGCCUUGGGUCUGCAUGGUGGUCUAGUAGUGCCUCCGAGUGUAGUUUUGGGGGGGGAGGGGGAGAUCAGGACCGGGUCCGCCAAUGUGCCAUGUGCAUGUCGGGCUCCGUUGGGCAGGAUAGUGGAGCGGUGGCUGGCUCCUCCACUCACCGCCAGGUACCCGCUGGAUGCUGCAGGGACCCCUCCUCUGUGGGACUGGAACUCCGGGAGCAAGCCCCCCCGACUCUGGUAGCCCAUAUACGUCGCAGGUCAAGGUUGUUGGUUGCUGAGUUCUGCUAAAUUCACGAUUUAUAGUUUAAAUGGGGUAUAUUGUGCAGGAGCUGCUCUUUCCUGCAACCGCUCGGCAGCCCGCCCCCCCCCCCUCUAAUGUUAGUUUGUAUGUAUCUACACUAUUUUAUAAUAUGUUAUUUGUUGUAAAACAAAAUGUCUACAUGCUCUUCUAUUAAAUGUAAAAUUUUAUAAAAAUUCAACAUUAAAAACAAAAAAACGUAUAGCAAAACUACAAAAAAGUUUGGGCUAUUUAGGCAUAAGCUAAAAAGGGCAAUAAGAUAUGGUAACUAAAAAUGCUUUAUUGAAGUUCCUUGUAAAAUGUUUUUAUUUCAGGAUAACUUCUUUGACGAGUAUCAACUGGAAGGAGUUUCAGCAGAGCAAAAUGAAAUUUUUCUCGAACUUAUUCCUGAAAAUGUAUCUCGAGCCUUAAAAAUGGCACAAAAUGCCAAAAGUGUAAAGAUGAAGUUAAAAAACAAGCAUUGUCCUUGUUUAACUGUGGCAGUGGAAUUGGUAAGAGAAUCUGUGUGUGACUUUGAAAUUAUUUUUAAUUUGUUCGGUAAGGGUUAGAAAAUUUAUAUUCCCAUUGUUCUGGAUGCAUCUUUUGUGUACACAAAAACUUCACCGGUUUCAUUGAUAUGUUUGAAAUUCAAAUUAAUAUUUAGGUCUUAACCUCUGGAUGGGCAGUUAUCACAGGCUGCCUUCCUCGUCUCAUAGUUCAGUUUUGACUUGGCCAGAGGAUUAGAUGAACUUGAUGGUCAAAGUUCUAUUUGCACAUGUUUAUUUGGCAAACAAUCCAUGUGUGCAGAGUUUAGUAGUCACUGUCUUUAUAUAGACAUACUUUUGAAAUGUCUUGUAUUUUGUUAGACAGUCACAAUUUUGGUGUCUUGUCUGGCUUUGGUUCACGAGUGUCUUACUGUUGGUGUCAUCAUAAUAAAAAAAAAAAAAAAAAGUGAGGGCCUUUAAUGACACACUCCCAUAAGCUUGUGGCAACCCAUUAAAAGCAAUUCAGUAGCAGUCUAACCACGUGUGGCAUCUAAGGAAAAUGUCUGACAAGUCCUUCCGUGCCUUGGUAAUCUGUGAAUCAAUGUUUAUCAUCUGCACAUAAUCAUGUUGCCUUCCUCAGAAGAGGACAAGAUGAUCAUUAAAUCCAGUCAGCUUAUUAUGUAGAGUCAAGUGGGUACCCAAACGCCUCAGUACAGCAUUAAAAUAGGCAAGUUAAAUUUUCAGUUAUUCGUAGUUCCCAUAGUGAGCCAUACUCACUCGUAUUUUCCCUGCCCUCUUUAGCUAUAUUGCUAACUCUAAGCCAUGUUCCUGGCUUAGAUUCUCUUGAUGCCAAAUACAGAAUAGUUGCUCCAUUUCAACUUGUUUAUUUUUUUUGUAAUUUUUUUAUUCUUACUUAAACUCAAACUGUUUGUAGACCGGUUAGAAAUACAUUUGAUAUUUGUGAGGAUAAAAGACAAACAGUGGGGAUUUGCAUUUUGAUGGUAAUGCCAUUAAGAGUUUGAUAACACUUAAGAUGAGGAUCUCUGCAAUGCUACCUGGCCAUGAAAGAUUAUCCGUUUAGAAGUGUGUGAUAUGUAGUUACUAGUCACGUUUAAUCAGUUUUUCCACUGUUUAUUCCAUUGUUAAGCUAUUGUUCAGCAGGUGUAAUUUCAUUAUGUUGAAUGAGAAUAAACCCCAAAAAAGUGAAGUAAAUGAAUUCUUUCAUCCAACAAUAUACUGUAACUGUUACAGACAAUAUUAAUUGAAUAAUAGUAUUUUUUUUUAAAGCACAAGCAUACAAUACAUUCAGAAGCUAUAAGACAUUGAGAUUUUUGUGCUUUUUUUUUUUGCUUUUAAAAAAAAAAUAUAUAUAUAUAUAUAUUACAUUUUAAUUUUUUUAUUUCAUACUAUACUCAGUAACCCAUAAUAACAAAGCAAAAAAAACUGAUUAGUACUGUAUUCCACAGUGCUGUACAAUUGUGGAACCAAUACAAAAGGAAUAGAGUACCAUGAGCGGAGGUCUAGAAUGAACAGCCCUUUUAUGCAAAGUAAUUUGUCAUGGAUUUAAUAAGAUUUAAUAAUAAUUUAAAUAAUUCAAUACUGUAAGAAAAAAAAAUCCAAAGUAUUUGUC